AUGGCUGAGAGAACCUCCAGCGGGUUGCUAACGAUGAUGUUGGAGCCCACGCCGGCUGUCGCUAUGACCCUGCCGGCGGAGGUCCGGGAGAAGCUGGCGGAGCUGGAGCUGGAGCUUUCAGAGGGUAAGUUGACAAAAACAUGCACUAAAAAGUAAUGCAGCGUGUGUCUAAAGCAUGCUGUAUUUGUUGCCAGAGGGGUGCUUUAAACAUGCAAUUGUUUGACAGCUGUCAGAACCACCGCCCUGUAUAUUGGCUUUGUGGUUCAUGUUUGAAAACAUGCCAGCAUCCCAGAAGUCCCUCUGCUACUAUCAGUCAUCCUCAGGACUCAACUUCUGCUCUAGUUAUGUCCUCCUGACUGCUUUCUACAGGGAGAGCUCAUCUAAACCUCUCUUGUUAAUGACUUACACUGAUUUUUAUUAUUUUCUCACUUUUAGAGGUGAAAUUGAGUUUUUGAGAGAGCUGAAAGGCAUUACCAAAGUUGGCCAGAUGACUAUCUACCACAACGUUCAACAGCUGAGCUGACACACCCAUGCUGCCCUAAUGUGGCCCUGUGUUACACCUGACCAGAGAAUUUGUAUUCUGCAUAGUUAUGAGAAAACUGAGAGCCAGUUUUGUUCUCAUCUUGUAUGGCCAGUUGUCAGCUGAAUUACAUUGCCUCCUAUUUUUAAAACCUUAAAUCAGUCUGCAACAGGAAAAGUCAGAAUACAGAAUCUCCACAGAUUGUUUAACAACAACAGCAUGGUCUGUAGUUUUUAUAUAAGAGACUCUGAUGAUCCUUUUGGACAUUUAUCCCAAAAUAUUGCCAAUGUUGCUGCUGACAUGCACACUUUGUUUGAGUGCAUCCUUGUCUCUGGUGCACAUCUGUUUAGGUUCAUGUGCUUUCUUCAUGUUUCGACUAUUUUAACUUCUACUAUGGUUUUGGGGAAUUUUAUCACUAAACCUGCAAAAAGAGGCUUUGGUUCACAGAUGUCUCGUAGUGGCAUGCCUUUAAAAGUACUAUGAGAUCUACUUUACAAUCAACACUCCUUAAGUGAAGUUAUUUUUUGUACUCCGACAUUGAAAUUUAAUUUAAUUUUAAUUGAAUGUAUAUUUUUCGUCAUUCCCUCUGGUCAUGCUUGCUGCAUACUCAUUAUACUCAUACUCAUUAGAAAGAAGGAUGUCUUCAUAAGUUGGUCCCUCGGCUUCAGUCUGCUACCGAGGCUGCUAUGGCAUGUUAUUACUUUUCCAUACAAAGCCCAAUAUGCUAAGAAAACACUUGAUUUAGUACGCUACCUGAUGGCUUUACUACAAUGAAUGUUAGACACACAUGUUCUGGAUGGCCAACUUUAUGAUUUAGCAGUGAUCAAAGCAGCAUGAUUUGCCCAGAAACUCUCUUUUUCACAUUGUUUGGUGCUCUGAGGGUAUUUGAAACUAAGUAAGUUGUAAUUACCUGGCACUUUAUGGAGUAAAAAAAGCUGAGUUUAUUCUCAUGUUGACCUUAAAUCUUUAAAUGCAGAGUUGUAGUGCACUGUUAAUAAGAGUCAUAAAUUAGGAGCUUGUUUUUCCUCAUGCUUCGCUUUUGUUUUUCUGUUACCUCAAUGAGACCCAUUGUUUUAGUGUGAUCCGUUAUUUGAGCUGCUCUCACGUGGAGAAAUUAGCCGGGCUUUGGUCAAAUUAUACUAAUUAAUGACCUACUUGAAGUCUGGUAAGCUUUGGAGUUUGACCCAGGGGUGGGACCCUAAUUCUUGCCGACUUACAGGAAAACUUUAGAUCUACCAUGAAGCUAUUGUAGUCUGAGAACUUGAAAUAAUAGACGAACAACUGAUCCGUGGAUGAAUUCAAGUCUUUUCUUUUCCUGUGUUGACUGGCUGCAGCAGCAGCUCUCCAGGGUGAGGACUAGGACCAAAGGUGCACGCUUUGAUAAGCACAUUAACUGCCACCAAGGCCCCCUAAUGGGAUAGACGUGUUUUCAGGAGCAACCACCAAAUUAAUCUAUAUCUGUCCAGUUUCCUCUUCCUGCUCUCCACAUGUCACAUCCUGCCAUGUUGGAGCUCUGAUAGCAGUAUCCCCCCGCUGCCUCAGUUACCCUCUGCUUCUUCUUCUUCUUCUCUCUGUGGCUCCAUGCUACCUCGACUUUCUCCCUGAUCAAAGAGCAGAAUGUCAUUCUCUUUUUUUGUAUGGAGAGAAAUCAAUGUCUUUCUUUCCUCUCUCAAAAUCCUUUUCCUGUAAGCGGCUGUGAACUCUUCACCUCAUGAUGUUGCCCUUCAGUUGCCUCCCCAAUGCAUCCUGUCUCAGGAUAGAAUAGACGUCUAGGCUUUAUUGGAAGGAGAUGAGAGCCUGACAAUCCUGCAGGUUUUCUCUCCUCCUCAUUGUGCUCUUCUCACGGGGAUUUAAAGUCAGGCAUGUCUGUGUCCCAAUGAGGGAUACACCAUGGUUCUUUUCAGCGUGCAUGAGCGUAGAGGGACACUGUAUUAUUCAUGAUAUUGAAUAGACGGGUCAUGUAUGUUUUCUUAAGUAGUUAAGUUGAUGAAGCAGCCAUUGGAAUAACAUCAUGAGUCUGAGACAAUUCAGACUCCAUAAUUCUCCUGUGUCAGCAGCCUCAGCCUGCUGAUGUGAGAAAUAAACAACUUGUGCACUCAUAUUGUGUUUUAAUGGAGUGUGGUUCCUCAAGAGAUGCAUUUAUUAUCAAUUUAUCUUUCUAUUUCUUAGCGAGUGUGUGUCUUACAAUGUUCGCUUGUUCUUUUUAUUCCCAACUUCACUCAAGACUGCUGGUACAAAUAUUAUCCCUGUAGCUAAAUAAUCAGAAAAGGUUUUACUUGAGAGACUUGGGACGAGUAUAGUGUAGCAGGAUUACUAAAUAAUGUGAAUACACUUGGUGAGUUAAAGCAGGAUUCAUUGUUAGUGUAAAAAGUAGACUUUAUGUAAGUAAGCCCCUGAAAAAAAGGUGACUGUAAAUCUUUUUUUCUCUCCAUAACUAGGGGUGUCCCGAUACGAUCUUGAUAUCGGUCCAAUAUCAGCAAAAAAACGAAUAUCGGAUUACAUCAGCCUGCAUCUAAAAUCUCCAAUAUCAGCACUCCGAUACAAGCAGUCCGCUCCAGACUCUGCUCCGGCACCUCUAUCUAGCAGUAUGCAGAGCCCUCGUAAUCACAGCAAAAGUGUGUACUAAGGUACUAACAAAGUAGCAAGGAGUAGGAGUGAUGUUGGCCUUGUGGCAGUAUUUUUCAUUACAGUCCGAAAACGACAUUAUAGCUGAGUGCAAACCUUGUCAUACACAGUUUUGUGCCAAUAUCGGAUCAAUAUUGAAGGCUACAAUAUCGGUAUUGUAUCGGAAGUUAAAAAGUUGUAUCAGGACACCCCUAUCCAUAACAGGAAUUCCCUCCUGGGGAUUAUUAAGGUAUUUCUGAUUCUGAUCUGAUUCUGAUAACUUAAGAUAUUCCUAACUGAAUAAGUAACGCAAAGAAAAAAAACAUCUCCAGGCAUUAUUGCUAAAAGAAGGAUUUGAGAUAAUGCAAAAUAUGCUGACUUGCUUGCAAAACGGAUGCAUAUAGCCACGCAUGUUGGUUUCCAACCAUGCUCCAACUGCCUCUUAACUUUCACUUGAUCCAAGAAAAGGGAAAACCGCCUCCAAAACACCCAACAAAAGGUCUUACUUAUGGUAUCUGUCUCUAGCAAACUGACAUUCCUUCAUCAUCUCACAACCCGGCUAUGGAAAAGGUCUUGUCUGUGGUAUUCCUCCUCAGCUGACCUGGAUGCAGAUAAGCGGUCAAAAGUUGGGGCGUAAAGGAGGCCAAGAAGACUGAUGAUCCCUAUUAUCUCCUGCAGGGAGGAAAAAAGGGAAAGAGACAUGUCUGCUGAGUAAUUCAUAGACUCGCUCCAUCAUUCUCUGCUUCUGCUCCCUCCUCCUUUGUUUGCUCCCUAAACCCUCUGAUUACAAAGUCAUUUUUAGUCCAGUGCUGGUGAAUACUGGGACUGCCAAACCCUCGGGUCGGUCAUUACAUUUGUUUGGCCUGCUCUAUUUCAGCAAACAUUUACAGGGAGGCAAAUCAGGUUUUUUGGUAGUUUAGCUGGUGCUUUGCUUGUUUACUGUUGUCGCGUUGGAAGAAGAUCCAUCAGCAUGAAUUUUUGGGACUGUGUUUUGAGAGUUUUCUGCUUCAUUAUAGGCCAGAUUAUGUGUUCAGUUUAAUGACAGGCAUUGCUUUUAUUUGUUGCUAUUCUUAUCUGUAUCCCAGUAUCGGCUGCCUCAAUGACCCAAUUUCCCCGUGGCAAUCAUUAAAAUGACACCUUAUCUUAUCUUUUAGAUUAGGUGAAACUUUACCCACUGUAGGAUGCAGAAUGCUGUCAGGUGGAAACUUUAGUGAGGAGAUGGGGAUGAUUUAACUUGCGCUCUGGUGACCCUUGGCGGAGGACUAAUGGUGUUAUGGGCUGUAAAUUGUUGCUCUUAAGGUAGCACCGUUACCUAAAGUCUAUUUUCUCAUGGUUUGAGAGCUCACUUGGGCACAUAAGUAAGGCUUGGGGGCUCAUUGCUAUCAGUCUUACUGUUCCCUGAAUAUUCUGCAAUGUUUGCAAUAAACAGUAAGGUCCAUAACACCAGGAUAAAAUAAAGCUGUGCCAUGUGGGGAAUGUGUACAGGCAGAGGAGGGGAGAAACAACAAACACUAAGUGUGUGAUAGUAACAUUAUUUUCAGUUUUAGACUUAUUAGAAACUAAAUCAAAAUCUUCGCAUCACUGAGACUUCAUACAACCAUCAAAGAGCUUUCAAGGGCAGUAAGACACAGUUGCACACCCAUACCUAACAGACUGACUCAUAAUGCGAUUGCUCUGUUUUGCUAAAACCAUGAACUCAGUUUUGAGGGGAGUGAUUGUCACCCUUGUUUUGUAUCUAUUAUUGCAAUUUAAUACUGCAUCUAUAACAGUAAGAAGUUUACAGUUAGUGUGAUUCUCUCUUUGGCUUUGGUUUACACUGAUACAUACACUAUCUCCACAAUAUAUCAUAAAGAAUCACAACCUGCAUUUGUUCACCAAUGUUUUUCCUGUGCAUUUUUAGGCCAUCUUGAACAAAUCAGGUCUGCAGACACUACAGACAGGUUUGUCAGUGUAGCUGCUGCAAAACUACAUCAAUAUCCCCUCAAAUGACAUCAGAUCAUAUCUAACAUGAACCAACACGGGUUUGACAAGUAUUCUGUUCUGACUCAUAGAAUAACUGAGUCUAAUAUUACCUUUGGCAUAAAUAUGUCAUGCCCCCACAUCUAUAGCAUAGCCCAAUUUUCUACUAUUUUAUGAUUAAUUCAAAAUCCAUCUAAACAUGCUUCUGGCUGAGUUAACCAAGUAUAUUAUCUGUAGAAGCUAAGUUUGUACUUUAAGAUACUGAGAUGCUUGACCCAGAGUAACCUGGUUGAUGCGCCGCGCUACUGGUUUCAUACACUACCGUGAGUCUUUGAUGAUCAGUAAGAGUCUGAGCGCUGUUCCUCUGAUGCAGCGAAUAUAAAUUGAUUGUGAUAAAAAUUGCCCAAGUUUGAGCUAGAAAAGCUGGAAACGUCAUCACACACUCAAGCCAAAUGGUCAGCACUUAUAACCAAUCAGAGGCAAAGGAGGGCAGGACCUUCCCUUAACAACUACAGCGUCCCAGCUGGAAGUGAGAGGACAAAAAUGGAGUCUACUUCAACUUCAAGUGAUGGCGAAUUGGUACACCUUUUGUUGUCUCAAAAGUAAAAGAAAUGUAGCACAUGGGUGCAUCCAAUAUUACAAAAAGAAGAGAACUUGGUGAGUUUCGCUGCUUGGUUCAGGAGCUGAAACUGUACCAUGAUCGCUUCAGAACCUAUUUUCAGAUGUCCGUUGGACAAUUUGAAGUUCUGCUGAAACAAUUAGCUCCAAGUUUAAAGAGGCAGAGGACUAGACACUAGUGUUGCGAUGGCUUUCUGUCAUGAUAGCAUACUGAGUCGGGGCCAGUACCAGAUAAGCACAUGACACUAUGGUAACAACCGUUACCAUACGUUAGCACAGAUGAAAGUUAAAACAAAGAUGUUUAGCAAACUGUUAAAGCACACAAAACAUAACAGAAAUUCGACGCUAUGACUCUCCACAAGUUGUCCUUCAGGUCGUUAUCUGUGUAAUUUGUGUGUAAACGAUCAUAAACAAUCAGCCGGUCGGCCAUGUUGGGUAUACUGGUGAAUCUGAUGUCGAAACAUCACGAAAUCUGAUUGGUCAGAAGUGGAAACACAGUUUGCGAAACUUAAGAAAAAUCGACCAUGAUCCGAAAAAAUAAAUGUGGCAGUAUCGCAGACUGGGAAAAUGUCACUGAUGUGAACGCUUGUAUUGACAGGAUACGGGUUUGAAAAAUAAUAAGGACGUCCGAAAUAAUCGGACGACAAAAAUGGUCCCGAUGUGUACGUACCUUAAUAUUGUCCUUUUGCACACCCCUGGUUUCCAGAAUAGAUGGGCAGCAACAGGAUGGAUCCUCAGAGAGGUUCAAGGUAGGCCUGAACGAUAUAUCGUUUGACUAUCGUCAUCGCGAUGUACGUGUGUGCGAUAGUCACAUCGCAGAGCCUGCGAUAUUGGAGGUGAAUGAACUCAUUUAAUUUCAAGGGUAACCGACUGAGAUACACUCCAUGUGACUCUGCAUGUGCUGUGCAGCGAUCCACCAAUCGCCUUCGUCCUUAACUCAGUUGCCAAUCAGACUCACUUCUCAGUUGCCAAUCAGACUACCCUGCCAGCUGUCAAUCAAAAUCAGGGAGGAGAAAACCCACCCCUGCACAUGUUCUGCACAUGGAGGGAGACGUGUGUCCGCUGAGAAUUACUUUCGGAACUUUACUCAUGACUAUUAAGCCCAACAAAUAAGAACUGUAUGGGUUUUAAAUUGUACAUUUCCGUGGACCACUCUACUAUAAGCAGUGCACGUUUUGCGAGGUGCAUGCAAUUCUCGGAGGACAUGCGUUUCUCGGCACAACACCGCUAACAACAACAACAACGAUCGCAAAAUGAACAACGAACAAGCGAAAACCACCGAAAAUGAAGAUUUGUUGCCAAAAAGAAAAGGAAAGUCAGUUAUCUGGAAUUAUUUCGGUUAAAAGAAGGAUGAUGUUGACCAAAACACGUCUUCUGUGUUCACGUGUUGCCACAAUAACGUCCCAGCACAAUAAAAGCUAAAAAUAUCUCUGAGACAGACAGAAGCCGUUCUACUAACAUUCACAAAAAGAGGUAAGAUCAGAGCAGAUUAACUGUCCUCAAGAUUUCAGCAGUGCAGCAUAACAUUAAGUGCUAUUCAGGUCAUCUGGUGAAAAUACUGUAUUUUUAAUAUCGCAAUAUAUAUCGCAGGGUUGAAAAAAUCGCAAUAUUAUUUUUUUCCAAUAUCGUGCAGCCUUAGUUCAAGGUAUAAUUUAAUACAAUAGCCCACUCAAUAAUAGGUUAUAAAGGCUCAUUAUGCAAUCAAGGUCACAGCUCUGCAAACUAGGUGGUCUAGCUUUGGUGACCAAGCAGCGUCAUAAAAUCUCCCUUUUUGGAGAGUGUGAGUGUGCAGGAAACCCCAGUGAGCUGGCCUACAGAUCUUGUCAAGGAAAGACCGCUAUGACUGCUUACUGAUCCUGACUCAUUCCUUUCUGCGGUCACCAGCUCCCACCAGCAGCUCAUGAAGAAACAAUAUCCUCAGUGAGUUCAGCCCAUUGUUCAGAGGAAACAAACAUUUCUCCCAGUGUAAAAUCCCUUUGUACAUGAAGAGCUUUCAGAACAUGCAGGAUUUAGGACAAUUACUGAAUGGCCUGUGUGUUGAAGGCUGCUUAGCUCUGUAAUAGGAUCCAGAAGAGAAGAAUGUUCAGCCUUGGAGCUAGCUAGCUGGCUGCUGUAAAGUCCAGUUCAGAGAUAGAGAGGCGGCCGCCAUAGUGGAGAGGAGAACGUGGUAGAGGGUCAUAAAUAUUUCAAGGGUGUGCCUCAGAGCAGAGUAGAGCUUCAGAUUCUUGUGCUGCUCUCAUGUGCUUCAGCCUGUGUGUUCAGUCCAUGCACAUGGAGUAAGUGAGUGAGUAAGUGUGUGAGUGAGUGAGUGUGUGUGGUACUAUGGCUGUGUUGGUGGGUUGUUAAGGUGCUUCUUUCCAUUUAUUAACCACAGAGCAGUGUUCAUUUCCAGUUAUUGUCCUGGUAAUAUCACUGCGUUUAUUACUCUCCUCUGUCGGUCCCGUCUGUUUUCUUUUUACAGCACUCUUUAACAUCCUGUCAGUGUCUUUAUAGGAGCCAUGCAUGUUUAAUAGAUAACAGAGCAGGAAUGUCAUGUAAAAAUAUCUCCUCUGCUUUUAGCUAUGACAGGAAAAAAGAAUGGUAAAAAUAACCGUGAGGACUAAUUAGAAAGCAAAUAACACAAGCUGACUUUUGAUCAAGUUUUGACCUCUAACCUAUCGUUUUUUGCUGUAUAACAUUUCACACAACACUGAAAUGAGCCUUUAAUUCCAAACAAAGAUUGUUAACACUUCCAUAUCUUGAAAGCUUUUAACCACAAUAGUUUUAAAGUUUGUACUGACACUUGGGAUAAGAUGUUAAAAAGAACUUUUUCUCUGCAUGCUUGCAAAAAUAAUGACAUUUCUCUCUCUUAAAACUGGACUCACUGAUCUACACGCAUUAUUUCGUAGGUGUUUAUUGAAUUUCACCCCUCCUGAUGAGUCUUCAAACUAAGUGAACAUCAUUCUUUUGUUAUGUUUUUUUGUUGCUGGCAUUAUGCUCGCUUAGUAAAAAUGUAAAAUGUAUAAGAUCUGUACUCAUGAGGAGAAGGAAGUGCUUGUUUGUUGAAUGGAGGUCAGAUUGAUGAUUUCUGAUUCCUUCCAGGAAGCUGGGAAAUCCAAAUGUUGAUAGGAUUUUGCAAACCUGCAUCGAGCAGAUGGAGUUUUCAAUCUUAAGAUGGAUUUUUUUGCGGCACUCAGAUGCAAAUGUCCGUUUAGGGAAACAAACAAAAAAAAAACCCCAUCAAUUUACUGCUUAUAGAGCCAGCGUUCAUCAAGGCUGACUGUGUUCAGUUCAGUUCAGCUCGCUGGUUUGUGGCUGGUUAAUAUGUCUUCUACAAAUCUACUACAGACUGGAAGUAGAACAGGUGGAAAACAAACUCUGCCCUCCUGAAAACGGAAUGACUCACUUUGUUGCUGUUGUUUUGUGUCUCUCUCUGUUGCGUUCAGGUGGGUGCAUGAGAAAAGGUGUUUUGUCAUUUCCAAGCACACCACUGACCUGAUCUCCUCCCCUCUUGGAAAGUUGAUGCAAGUCUCCUGCCAGGUCCCCACCCUGCCCUCCUGCCACAGAUAAUCUUCUCUGUGGUUGGUCAGAUGGUGCAUCUUCUAGUACUGAAAAAACUAGGGAUGGGAAUUGAUUAGAUUUUAUUAAUAUCAUUGCCAUUAUCGAUUCUGCUUAUUGAUUCAAUUCUUUAACGUUUCUUUUAUCAAUGCCCGUCUUUGACUUGAAAAAAGAGAAGGAUUGGUUUUCACCGUUAACUCAAAAUUUUAUUGAGUCUCUGAUAACAGAAAAAGUGUAUGUCACCUUAAGUGAGAGUCUAAAAUUAUUCAAAUGACUAUUUGUACUGCAUUUACUUCGGUCAAAUUAGGGUGACCAUAUUCUGGAUCCCCAAAAAGAGGACACUACUACGCGUGGCAGAGUUGCAUGAAAAAUUUUGAGGGUUUUUAAAGUCAGGUUAAGUGUUUUUUAAGGGCUUUAAACUCAGUUAGUCCAUGCUAAACAAACUCAAAACUUCCCCCCAAAAAAACCAGCACAUUAGAAGGACUUUAUAAACUCCCCUGGACAAGGCUGGAUAGCCCCCCAAAAAGGACAUGUCCAGGUAAAAGAGGACGUUGUAUAAACACCAGACAUUAGUACCUUCCAUGCUGUGCUGAGACGGAGCAGCAGUGGCUGACAACCGGCAGAGAGAUUCGAAUACAUGUGACUCUUAAUAUUUGAUAGUGUGCCCUGUUGACAAAUGUUUAAGUAUGUUGCUGGUGUUUCCACCUUUGCAUGUUAUAAAUGCUCGACAAAUGUUGCGUGUCGCGCUGUUGUUGUCUUUCUUAGUAAAAUUAAGCCACGCUUUAGAUCGUUUCUGCCGACUUUCUGCCUACAUACGCCAUGAUUUUACCUCAAAGUCUCUGUUCAAGGCACCGUAAGAAAGGAAUCGUUCAGGGAAUUGUUAAGAUAGACAAUGUUGAUGGAUUGAACCAUUUGGAAAUAGUUCUCAGCAAGAACUGGUUCUCCAUUCCCAUCCCUAUAAAUAACUAACAUCUCAGGUUUAGUAUUUGUCCUUCAUUAUAAUGGAUGGUAGUAUUGGUACACUUGUGCCCACAGCCAUUAGACUUUGUAAUUCUUCUGUAAAUAGUAGAUGACUUUUUGAGACAUGACAAAUGAGACGACAGGCAAUUGAAUUUCCCUUUGGAGAUAAAUAAAGUUCUUCUUUUUCUUCUUCUAGGUGCAGUACAUUUGGUGCAUGUGGUGUUGACAGCUCAUGUGUCCUUGCUGUGAGAGAGAGAGAUGGCACAUGCAGUGUAGAGCAGGGUAUUGCUUUGGGCACCGGCUCCAGUGAGAUCUGCUGACCAAACAAGCCGCAUGCCCCACUUCAAGGACACAUUACAAAACUCACCCUGUGCAUUCUCCUUCCUGCCACGGCUCUUUUCUUCCCUCAUUCAGCUUCUUGAUGUCAGUUCUUCUCUGUCCACUUACCUUCCCGUGUGUGUGUGCAUAAUUGAGCUCUAACCCCCCCGUGCCCACCGAGAUGACUCAAUGGCUUUCUGUGAGAUUUGAAUAACAGAGAAGGUAUAAAGUGUCAGAAAACUGAUUUCAGUGUCAGUGCUGUGAAUGUGAAGAGAUGUCUCUCAGAGAAUCUUCUAUUAUUCAUGUUUCUUGCAUAAGUGGAGGAUGUUCAUAACAUUUCUACUGCAGUGUUUUCAAGGUGCUGAGGGAUUUGGUUGAGAGGAGAGAGGGGUGGUGGGGGGAGUGCAGGGCUGAGGUCACAGAGCUGUGCAGGGAGUUUUUAUGCUUCAGAAAGUCUUUCAAACCUCAAGGUAAAAAUUCAUGAAAUGCCCUUUUAACAACCCACGGAGCAGUAUUUAUUUGAUGCGAACUCACUUCUCUCAGUGGAUAUUUGAUUUCAAGCUAUUAUAUUGACAACUAACACAGUUUCCACAAAUGACUGCAUUACUUGACAAAGCCACAAUUAAGGACUUUACAGUAAGCGGUUCUCACUUUCUAUUGCUUUAGCUAUUACUCUCUUUGAUUAGGCUCCUUAUUUUCAAGCUCGGUAAAUUAAAUGUUGAGACCCUGGCAGUUUUUUAAAAAUAAUCAAUGGUAAUUAAUUCUGCAGAGGUGGUGUAAUGAUGUGCUGGUCAGCGCCAUAAACACCUAUUAGCUUCUCUUGACCUUCUCAGGCUGGGACUCGGAGUAGCACAGCAUGUCAAAGGAUUGCGUGGAGCCCAUGAACUUAGCUCUGUGAGCAGCUGGCCUGAAAGCAACCAUAGGUUUUACAUAUGGUGGAAUAAAAGCUGUAAAGUUAAUCUUUUUUAGAGUCAGGGUGGUUUAUGGUGCUGAGGAGCUCAUAUGGAGCUUCUGCCUUACUUACAGUCUUUUUUUUUGCUGCAGAGAGAGAGAGAGAGAGAUGCAUAAAACAUCAAUGCCCAAAAUUCAGCUUCAAAGAGAUGUCUGAGGAGACAAUAAAAAGAUUAGAUUUUUUUUUUCUUUCAAUCAAUGUGUAGGUUUUCUCAGGUGUGACGUGCAGAUCAAAGAUGUGCAGGGCCCUUUGUAGCAGCAGCAGGCUGCAUUGUGAGUCUUCCUGGUGGAAAACAAACACACAGAAAAUGUCUGGAAUGUGCCUUGACCUAUCAACUUCACCGUGUGGAGAGGGUUUUUCAAACCCCAGCCACUGCUGGAGGGCUGAACUACACACAACAAACAUGAGCACCACCUUACAGGUUGUCCUGGCCUUUUAAAAGAGGAAGGCUAAGAUUCCCCUGUAAUCUGUUCUUGUAGGGGUCCCAGCAGAAUACAGGGGGGGAAGAGAUCAAACACGUCUGCGUGAGUUGUUUUAGUGUGAGGCAUAAGUCUUUUUUUUUUUUUAAACAUAAACCUACUUUAACUUUCCAGAAAAUGUGUCUCCAUGUGCGCUCCGAGCAUGCAGGCAGAUCCAGGUGAGUCCUGCUGCUGUUGCUCCGCAGAGACUUUCCCACCAGUGUGUACUUGUAUAUCCAGAAAGAGAAGAGGGAUACAAAACAGGACAAGUCGGGACUGAAUUUAAAGCUCCUAAGGCAUAACUGACAAACUGCGAAGUCUGUUUCAGCAUUUAACAACCACUAACUAAUGCUUGUAAGACAUAAAUCAUCUGGAUAAACAACAGAGCCACCUCUCUGCUAUAAAACGUUUUCUCCUCUAAGUUGGCUCCUGGUGGUAGAUUUAAGAGCCGGGGCAUUUUCAUUUGAGGCAUCUUGUGCGGAACGAGUGCAUCAGGCUUAUAUAAAUGAAGUCUUUCCAGUGAGGCUGAGUCAGAACCCUGUGAGUAGGAGAAUGAGGUGCAGCUGAAGAACCCGCAAAUAAAUAUAGAAACGUGAAAAAGGUAAAUAAAGACACAUGAAAAGGUUGAUGAUGUGAGCAGCAUUUACAAAUACUCAGGUUUUAAUGGAGGUACAAAUGCAUGUUAUAAGGUAUGUGUGGAUGUUUAUCUUCUGUUAUAGACCACCAUGCUUUUGUUCACUACUGAAUGUAAAAAUAACAGUAAUGUAUUGUUUUAAAGCAAAGAGCGGUACUGCAAAGUGUUUAGGAACUAAAUGUGGACAAUUUGUACGUCCCUUAGUGCAAAAAUUGGAAAGCUGUGCAAAGGUUUUCACUGCAGCUCAGGACCAUAACCGCUAGGGGUGGGAGGAAAAAAUCGAUAAAGCAUAGUAUCCCAAUAUUUUGUCUGGUAAAAUAUCAUAUUGUCUCAUUUACCAAGUGUCGAUUUUUCAAAUUAAUUACAGUUUAAAUAAGACAAACAUAAAGGAAAGCCAAAUGCUAAAUUUGCUUAACAGUUGAAAAAUUGUAUAAAUCACAAUAUAUCAUAUUGCAAUACUCACUGUAUUGCAAAAUCGAAAAAAAAAAUCACAAUAAUAUUGUAUUGUGGCCCAAGUAGAUAAUAUUGUGUCUUGGCCAAAGUAUCCUGAUUAUAUUGUAUCAUGGCCCAAGUAUCAUGAUAAUAUUGUAUUGUAGCCCAAGUAUCCUGAUAAUAUUGUGUUGUAGCCCAAGUAUCAUGAUAAUAAAGUAUCGUGGCCCAAGUAUUGUGAUAAUAUCGUGUCGUGGGGUCACUAGUGAUCCCCACCCCCAAUAACCGCCAAUUUUGGAGCCAUCAGUUUUAUCGGCUCCUGAAGUUCAAAGUUCUCCAGUUAGCAGUGCAGGAGGAAUUAUCGCUUCUAAUAUUUCUUGACCAUUUUAUCUUUCAUCUGAAGAUUUGGAUGCAGCAGUCAAUGAGAGAUGAAUAUUUGAUCAAAGCACGGUUGCAGCUUUUAUUGUAUAAUUGAUGUAACUCAACCUGACCCAGCGUCUGAACAGCUUCACUUCUUUCUUUUAUAAUAUUUGAAGCCAGAAGAUAACUCAAUCCAAUCUGUAAAUCAGUAAAUUUACCAUUGCAGUGGGCCUUUUAAAGUCAGGGAGUACGUGCUGUCCAAGAGAUUGAAUCAAAUCUCCAUUCCUGAGUAAUGAUGUAUGAAGAAAGUUUUUCAUUCUGUAUAUGUUCAGACUCUAAAGUAAUCACUAUGUUGUUUUCUCUGGCAAUGCUACCACUAACAGGCCAGAUGUUUCACUGAUAAGAAGCUCAGAGAGGAGAGUAGUGGUAAAGAUUUUGACUCUGGACUGAGGCUUCAGAACGUGUCUGAAACAAGUCUCUUAGCUUAAACUGCAUUUAACCCACACCCCAGAGAUUUGGACAACCUUUUUACACAGUGUUACAAAUGUGGAAUCUCAGGCGUCCAGGGAGGAACAAUGAGUCUAAGCUGUCCUGUAAUCUAAUAAAACACAUACACGUACACACACACAAACACGUCAUGUCUGUGUGCUCUUACUCACUGCAUACUUGGCAUAGAGGUCACAGGCCCUCGCAGUCUGUGGUCAGCGGCCGAGCACCCUAAGUAUGUGUGCAACUCUCUUCAUGAUGACAGUUGGAGCUCAGUUGUUGAAUCUCAGAAGUCUGUCCUUCAUUCCUCGAAACCCCUCCCUACAGACUGCUCUGUCACCAUCCUAGAAACUUUUCUCUAAACUCUCUGUGUCUCAUCUUUAACUUGUAAUGACCAGGAGUUCCUCUUAAGAGCUUGUCUUGUUCAACAUCCCUAAUAAUACCUGGUCGUAUUUGCUGUGAAGACAAACAUAUGCCAUGCAAUCUUGAGUCUAUCCUUUCUGUCAUUAGCGGGGAAGAAGCAGUCAAGUCUGAAAUUCCUACAAGUGGCAGAAAGCUGUUGGCAGACUCUCCAACUGUGUCAUGCCCCUCAUGACACACGCACACACUCUUCCUCACGCUCACAUUCCUGGUGCAACUGACAGUUUUUGCAAAGUGUGUGUGUGUGUGUAUGUGCAAGAGUGCGCCACAUGACCUGGAAGUGUGAAAGCUAACACAUGACAGAGUUUGUGAUUAAUGCAAAUCAGACAUUAUGCAUAUGGUGGUGCAACUCUAACACGACUUAAUUAGAAACUAAAUGGCAGUAAGUCACCUUGCUUUGAGUAUGCAAAUGUAUCAGAGCAUUCAGUGCUGUAUGCUGGACUCUAAAACAUGCAGCAUACCUGCCAUUGAGCUGCAUUUUCAUCGACAUGGUAUGAUCAGUUUUGCCUUGUUGCUGCUUUUAAAAAAUCAGUGUAUCUAUCUAAUAGAAGUGCAAUAGUUUAUUUUCUAUUAACUAAAUGACGAUGCACAGAUAUCAUGUUAACCAAGCUGGGCCACAAACCAGUGUUUCUAAUUCAAGGUGAAAUGCUCUUAAAGUCCACUCCAGACUGGCCGAACAGCCUGCUUUCGUGAGGUUAAACUCUGUGCUUCCAAGUCAAAUCUAUAAAGGGAGUAGUAUUUACAUGUCUGUGUCUAAAACAGGGACGAGUAGAGAAGGAGUGGGAGGGAUAAAGAGAUCUGGGUUUAGAAUGUCUCUUACUUACACAAAAACAGCUGGGGCAUGUCAGAUCUCAGGGAAAUCGACAUUUGCUGCUGUUCGUAUUACUUGUUUUCAGCUUUUCUGUACCACAUUAGUGUGCUUUUGCUGCAUAGACUGACACUGGAAGACAUCCCAGUACUUCAUGCCUGUUUUUUUGUUCAGUUGACUUCUCCCUGAUUAUAGUUAUCCUGAUGCAGUAAAUACCAUGUUCAAACAAACGCUUAGAGUUAAUACUAUGCACUCAGCAACACUGUAUCCUCAUAUUCAUUCAGGUAAAAGAGCCGUAGUGACUGCUGUCAACUCUGUAUUUCCAUAUCAGCUUUUCCAGCUUAUGUGGCACUUUUGAAAGCUUGGUUUGCAAUCACUGUGCCUUUCAUAAAUGUAGAUUAAUCAUGCAAUGUAAAGUGGAAAAAAGUACUGUGUAUCUUUGUAGAAACUAAAGCCAAAAACAUACAGAAUCCGUAUUGAGUGCGUUCCGUCAGCCUUGUGUCUCUGCUCUGUUGAGCAGCACUGUCUAUCGCUCACAGGAUGUGUAUUUGAAGCGUAGCAGCAGCAUAGUUCAGCCCCGGUCAGCUGGGCUCAGUAUAGAGGAAACAACAUGCUCACAACAGGUUGUUUUUCCUUUCUGUGGUCUAUUUCCUGCUAAUUUAGAUAAAAUUCAGUGACUGUUGAGCCUCUACUGUAUGUGAAAAAGCAACGCGAUUUUACGGUUUCGGUUUUAGCAGGUUUACUUGUGUUCAGUAAAGUAAACUUUGUUCCUUAAUGCUGUGCUGUUACAUUCAGACAGAGUUAGCAGUUCAAAGUCCUGUUGGGGGCCACAUGGACCAGGGAUUGACCAUCGAAUUGUUCUGUGUUACUGAUAAAUCCAUAACCAGGAAGUAUUUCACAUCUACAAGACCUGAUACGCAGUCAGGAGUCUGCAUAUGGUGUUUUAUUUUGAAAUUUACCGGAUGACAUGCACGGUUUUUUAAUGCUUGACAUCCUGUCUAAGACGAUCUUCCCUGUUUAAAUUGAAGUGUGCUGGAAGCGUAGAGCAGCAAAAAUAGACUUGCUCGAUAUGCUUCUAAUACAGAGCUGCGACGGAGCUGAUGCGCGUCCUGUAUGUGAUGCUGCUUUGAUUAGAAUUAGAAUGGCAACCUAUUUGCUGCGUGAAACUUGACGUUACCAAAUGCCCUCAAUGCGAACCGUGUAUGUUUUAGCCUUAAUGCUCACCCACCUUUUUCGCUGAAUCAGCAGUAUCAUGUUUUAGUAUGGCAUUAAGUAAUUUUGAUACUUCUUGUUGAUGUUUCACACAGAUUUGCUCAUAAAAAAACAAACAUCUACAUAUAUUUAAUGCAUUAAUUGACAGUUAUUGCUUUCAGGAGUGUGAUGAUAAACGGUUCACGGGCCUCAUCAGGGUCGUCCUCUAGGCCUUGACCUCUGACCCUCUGUUAGUGAUGCUGCAUCUGGAUGAAGGCUGAAUUCCCUGCAGGUCACAGAAGACGAAUGAAAGGCUAAUGCAGAGUUUCAGUAGCGCUGCCAUCAAUCUACACUUUCUCUGUAGGGUAAAAGGAAUUGGCCUCAGGCUGGGAACCAUGUGCUGCUACCGCCUCCGCCUGCCCUGAUGAACAUCUGAGACCCCUGAAUCUGCUCUGUUCUUUAUUAUUUUUAAUCCAGCAUGAUUAAUCUGCACAUCUUUGUGUGUGUGUGUGUGUGUGUGAACAUAUACAGUGUACCCACGCUCCUCCCUCCUUCCCCUGGGUCAUGCACUGUUUGUUGAGUUAGGCUGCGGGUUUGGCCCUCAUCUUACAUGAAUGUGAGGAUAAGUGCUAAAGCAGAUCCUGCACUCGCCACCCUGUCUGUCUAUCCGUCUGUCUUUCUGAAACUGACAAUUUAUGCUUGCUCUCAGUUUCUUCCUUCAAGGAGUGGUCGAAGAUCACUGAAUGCCUUACUCGGAGGAAACUGCUUUUACAAGACCUAGCCAAGAUGAGGGUUAGCUUUUGACACCGAAUCAGCUCCACUUGUUUUCAAAGGGUCUGGUAACAAGUUUGACCCCAUCCUUAGCAAUCUAACACUAGUUACAUAAAUAAGCUUUUCUUUUUUUGUCUUCACGAACUGUUUCCUAUUAGUUGUGUUUCCUGGAAUGUUUAUUUAGAAGAAAUAAAACAAAAGUUCAUGCAUUCCUGCAGGGACUUUUGGGAACCUUUGGCUGGAUCCUGAAGAAUGGUUGUGAUGUCUGUGGUUUGAGUUGAAGUGAUUUAGCUCACCACUCGCUUGUUGUUUUCUCCUGGAGAACAGUUCAGUCUGUGUCAGGCCCGCAGCUGGACUAAAGUGUUACUUAAUUGACUUUGAAAUAGACAGUUUUUCUUUUUUUUUUUUCAGAUUAUUUUACUUAAACACAAUAGGCGUUGACCAUAGUUUGAAACUGAUGCAAAGAUUUCUUUACAAAUAGUUAACUCCGGUCUGUUUGUUUGCAACUUCACGUAAUGGACUCCCAACGGACCUGCAUGAAACUCUUUAAUUUCCCUGGUGAGGCAGAUGCUUCACCACAUUAACUAAUAGAGGCCGAUUAGCCUGCAGUGCAGUUGGCAGUUAUCAGCCAGCUAGUGUAAGUAAGCCAGGGUGAACAAUAUGAGCACAGCUGACUCUCUGCGCCUUAUCUUCGUCUUGUCUUAGAAGAACAGCGAGCGGUCCUGCGGCUGCCUGGUCCAAAAAGCUGCCUGAUUUUUUUUAAUUGUGGGCGUUUGUGGAAUGUGGAGUUGGAGAAAGGCCUGGGAGGGCUUUGGAGGCAUUUUCGAACAAGCAUCUUAUUCAGUUGUUUUCUCCCAUGUAAGGGGAAGCAGCAGUGAGAACUGGCAGAAUACCUCAGGAGACUGCUGAGACGGACCUCAGGCUGUUGUCUGGCAGAUGUGAGCAAACAGACCUGUGUGUUUGUACGAUAUAAGACUGCACGUCAUACAUCAUACAUCUGUGAUGUUCUUUACCUGAAAAUAGUAAAUCCUGGGAAAUCUAUCGCGGGUUCACCCUAAGGCUUUUCACUGUUUGUCAGACUGAAGGUGUGUGCACAGCGCACCUUCAGGACAUGUUGCGUUUCUUUCAGAGAGAGUGUUUUGCAUUUUAUCUUUCCUACAUGUUUUCGCAGCACAAAUUUUCCAAAGCUGAGGAUUUGUUUCUUCCCUCUCCCCUCACACACGUCUCGAAGAGCAGAAAGCUUACCUCAGCCCACCCCAGCCUGGAAUCUACGAUUUGUGUUCUGGGUUCAUUUAUGUCUAUCUGCCUGUCAGACUCCUCGCUGAGACACUCAAUCAGGGGUUUGACCAGUGACAGUAAUUCUCGAGGUUUCAGCAUGGAGGAUAUUGAUUGUGGAGCUGAAACAUCAAGAAGUAAAGUAAAAGAAAGAAUUGCAGGCAGGUUGAGAGAGCGUGAAGUUGAGAUUUGUGGAAGUGAAUGAUAGAGGGAAGAUAACAAGAGCUGUUGGGUGUCAGGAUAGAAGUAAAGGAUAGGGUACAAAGAAUAAGAGGGUGGAAAAUCAGUUUAACAUCUUAAAUAAGGAUGUGUGCUGUAGGAAGGUCAAGAUAAUAUAAUUGUGUUUUAUAACCUGAGAUUAUUUUACUAUAUAACUUUGAAAUCUGUAGUAAUUCACACGCUCUAACAGUAAUCAAUGACAUUGGAUUUGCAUACUAAUAUUGUAUUGAUGUAAUUGAGUGCUUUGAAUUGAUUCAACAGACAUUAUCAUCUGAUUAGACAAGUUGAACACACUGAUUUCAUCGCUGGAAAAAAAAGCCAGGAAAUAUCACUCACUAAUUGCCAUCAUUGUCUCAUGCAGAUCUUACAACAGAGAUGAUCUCUUAUUCAAUAUAGUCAUAAAUGGCAGCUCUUAAUUGACUGCACCAUGAUAAUGGUUGUAUCAAUGCCUCCAACUAAUUAGACUGAAUUAGACUGAAACUGAGGGAGCAAGUCAUCUUUAUUUUGGGAUUAUCCUCAACCAUGAAAGCAAAUUUCAGAGCUGUGAACUUUCAAAUUUCAGAGAAAAAAGGUUACAGGCUUUCAAAAGUAUCCCACUGAACUGGUUUCUGAGAGGAAGACUCAUGAAUAAGUGUACAGUAUGUAUCCACACUCAGUAGACAGAGCUCUUUGUUACACACGAAGCCUCCAGGCUGUGUCGGCUAUGAGAGAGGUCUGUUUCGAUCUCGCUCACAGCUCAGGUGCAGCACAUCACAAUGAAAGAGGACGAGAAAACUGGUCGUCGAGCAUUGCUGCGGAGCACGAAUCACCUCUCUGUAAAUUGAUCUGGUUGUGAAUUUGCUUUCUGAUGAGUGGUUAAAUGAUCCCAGGUAGCAGGUGUUUGACAGUAUUAGUUUCCAUUCAGGAGGUUGUUUAGAUGCUGACAAAGUGAAAGGACAUUAAACUGACACUCUCUACUUCCUGGCAUCACAAACCUGGAGCUCUAUGUGUUCUUAAAUCAGUCAAUUAUAAGAAAAUGUUGAGAAACCACCCAGGUUUCCUGCAGCAUUUUACUGUGAACUUUGGUCCUACACUGACUGUAUACGCAACAUAUAUAUAGUAUAUGUGUUAGGAGUUUAAAAGGUACAUAUACUCUUAAUGAGCUGUCUCUGUAUGGCACUUUCAGGUCUGUGCAGAAACGUACUGACCUGAAUAUAUGCAGUAAUUCACAUUCAAGGUCCAAAGCUUCAGUUUGUAGAUGGCAGAGGAGCAGGAGAGAGAAAGCGCAGCUACAGUAAAAUGCAGUAAAAACUCAGAAUAAUCAUUUUUGAUUACGUGACUAUUUUGGUUCAGAUAUUAAUCCACAAUCAGUACCUCAAAAUGAAUAGUUAAAUCUUUAACUAGUAGUUUACUCAAUAUUAAACUGAGCAAUUAUAAACCUGGGGUUAGAGGGAGUCCUUACUUUUAGGUCUUUGUUUUUGCUCUACCCAUAUUCAACAUAUCAAAUCCAAAGGGUUGGAUUCCUCUUAAAUAUACAGCUUCAUAUCCACUGAAGCAUAAAUGAAAGCUGUAGUUUCCUCUUGCUCACUACAGUCACCUCACUGUUUGUCCGUGUGUGUGAGGCAGAAUAGGGUGAGGUAGGGUCCUCUGCACAGCACUUUUUAGUCCCAGAGAAAUCGUUCAGGUCUCAAUGGACCGCUGAAGCUCUGAUUUUUGUCCAUUCAUGCCGUUUGUGUGCUUCCUGUCUCAUGCUCGGGCCUUUUAAAAGUGGCUUUAUCCCAGAGCUGGGAUGUGUGACUGAGCAGCGAAGCAUCCCUGGAGCAUUUCUCUUGGGAGAAGCUGCUCCUCUUCAUCUGCUUACCCCUAUACCAUGCUGCUGGUUUACACAUGUAUGUGUGAACCUUUACUAUAUGUGCCUGCUCAGGCAAAUGUGAAAGUGGAUGAUGUGUGUCCUGUGAUUGCACAGAGGAAUGUGUGCUGCGUUAACGUCUGCAAGCAAAGCACAGUCACGGGUCAGCAAGUGCCUCAAUCUGUUAUUCCCAGAUCCCUCUCUCUCUCUCUUUGGCCCCAGGAGCUGGGCAGCUUGCCUGCAGAGAGGAGAGGUGAGGCUAACACCAUCCUGCACAGAACCACUACACCCCUGUCCUUAACGUCCUUCAGCAUGAAGCACCGCCCUCUUAAUUGGCUGAUGAGUCAGUGUGUAGGUUUUUCUUAUCCAAUUAUGGUGCUGCUUCACUGUCAUCAUUGAAGUGUCAAGUAAAAGGUUUAGACAUUAAAGGGUGAUUUCCACUGACCUUUUUUCCUACUCUGCUCCUGGAGUCCCUUUCACACAUGAACUCCAGACAAUGUCAGGCCAUUGAGUUCCUGACAUUUUCAGAAAUUGCUCUUUCACACACAUCCAACACAGACACAGACCUCUAAUACAGUCAUCUGCUCUGCUUUUAUUUUGCCCUUUUUACUACCAUAACAUGUGCGUUGUCUCUCUUUCUUUCUAUGUCAUCAGCAGAGACACCACAGGCAACAAAUAUGACAUAUGUAGUAGGGGUAGGAGAAAAAAUAGAUUCACAUAAGUAUUGUGAUUUUUUGUUGGACAGUUUUUAAAUCGAUUUUUAUGUUCAAACUUUUUUAUUUUUUUUCUAAUUUAAGAAUAAAUCUUAAAAACUGACUAACGUGUGAUGAGGAUUUUUGGGGGAAAUAUGGUUCCUGGAAUAGUCAGUGGACAAUCAUAAUCAUUCAACUGUUUCUCUGGUGUUAAAAAUGCAGACUAAAGAUUGAGGAAAAUCGACAAUAUCGUAGAAUCGUAAUUUAAAUCGAAGCGGCAUCCAAAAAUUCGUCGAAGGAUCGAAUUGGGAAAAAAGCAUAUUGUCAAAGCCUUAAUAUGUGUGAGAGAUUUCUCACUACAUUUUUGACAGUGAAUUUUAAUGUCAUUUGGAUCAAGAGGAAAACUGUUGAAGAUUUUUGUAAAAUAUGUCACGCCAUAAAGAUUAGAACAACGAUGCCGUGACAAUAAAGUCUGGAUUUGUGAAUUUAGAGGUAUUAACCAGCAGUUUUAUUCCAUCAAAAAUUUGUUUAAGAGGUUUAACUCUUUUGCAAUUAUGUUUUAUGGGAGAAAUUCAAUAGUCUCCCUCAGGUGUUUAUUUGAAGUGAACACAGACUGUGGUGGAAGUAAAUCUGUCAGAGGACGUAAUGGAUUUCUUGGCCAGUUGGUUUGAUCAGCAGUGCAGUAAAGUCUUGAAUGGAUGAAGAGUUUGCUGUGAGGUAACUGGUGUAAAUAGUGUUAUCAGGCAGACUGCAGGAGGAAGCGUCCGUCAUCAGCUGAGCGAUCAAACCUUGGCUCUCCAUCAUGCUGGUAUUUCCGACCACUGGAUGCUGGACCCUGUUCCUCUUUGUGAGAGACGGAUAUUGGAAAGGUCAUGCACUGAUGAGCGGGUGUGUUUCCAAACACAGGCGCUACAUGUGCUUCGAGUACAGGACUGAGAAAAUAACUUCCCUUCUAGUUUGAGUUUUAUUUUAAGAUAUGUAACGUUGGAAAUUGUAGAGAGGCCUGAAAAAACUCUCAGAUUCCUGCACAAAGUAAUGCAAUAACUUAAAAUUUGAAAAAAAAAGGGAAGAACAUGUAAUUUAUGUUUUACUCGGUUGCACUUCAAGGCUCUUGCAGCCACUUGCUCUUUAACCUUUGAACUCUUUAGUCAGCCUGCCAGCUUAGAUUUAGAUACUCCCUUUGUGGAUGACUAGCGCUGUCCACACGCUAGGGUCAUACGCAACACACACACACGUACAGACACACAAAAGCCCCGAGUUCUUUCUUCCGCAGUCAGAGGCCACGGCUUCAAAGAGCCUGUGCCCUGUGGCUCACCUUUUAUGCCUCACCUCCAUAAUUACACCUUUGAGCUGAAAGCUACGUUGGUCUGAGUCCCCUCGUAGCCGUUAAGCUAAAGGCCACUCGAGCUGCAGAUGAGCCGUUACAGUGCCACUAAAUUAACCAAAGGUCAAUGAGGCCACACCUGGUGGGCAGCUUGGCUUCCUUGCAUUGGAUGCGCAGCUUGUGUAUGUGGUGCAUAGGCGUGUGUGCGUGAGGCUGAGACAGAGUGAGAGGGAGAAGCUGCUCGGGAUUAAUGUUAUUGAAUUCUGUUGGAGGAGAUUAAUGGAACAGUGGUUUCAUUAGGAUCAAGAGCAUGAGAGCGUAUUGCUGUAUCCUCCACUUGAGAGAAAACUGCAGUGAAUGUAUUACAGCUUGUUACAGUCCUUCCCUUAUAUCUUUCCUAUAUAGUGUUAUUCAUGAGUCAUAAAGCCCAGUCUAAACAAAAGACAGUUUCCAUGUCUUCACUUGUAGCUGGGGGUGUUUUGGAUGGAGGUUGCACUUCUGAAAGAUGAGACUGAACUCCCUUCUGGACAUCAUGAACACAGAACUCUAAUUAUUUUACAGAUCCUCUGAGGAGGACAUUAAGGAUGGUCUUGAAGACAGAUGGAGAAGAAAUACAAGAAGACAGGCUGAGAUAAAGAAAGGGCACAGGGAGAAAGACGAGUAAUAAAAGCCAGUGUUCCUCCUCUUUUGUGCGGAGUCAAACUUGGCAGAUCCCCAGGCUGCUUUCACCCUGAUGUCAUCGAACAUAUCUCUGACCUCAGCUAACAUCUUGCCUAGCAGCGUAGAACCAAGUGAUAUGGCAACCAGAUGACUGAUUCGCAAAAUUAUCCAAUGACGUAGUGCUUUUUGUACUUUUCUUUUUUGUGUGGGACCUUUCUCACCAUACAUGGUCACAUUGAAUCAUGUGUUGCCUCCAGACACAGAAAAGAAGAACACAAAGCUUUGCGUGUGGUUUGUGACAGACCCUCUGAGGUCAAGAAUAUAAGUUACUCAUCCUGGAGAUAAUGACAUUCUCACUGUCAGUGUUAAAUAUCAAUUAGGGAGCUUGACAAAAUUUCCUAUAAAGCAAAAACAGCUGACCAGGCGCUGAGCGAGAAGUUUGACAUGGAUUCAGAAUUAUUUGUUCACAGUUUCUGAUAGUUUUAGGGUUUGAAGGAACCUGCCCUUUAUACACCUCACAGCAGAGGAUUAAACACAGUGGACAUCCCACUCCUUGUUUGGUUUCAGAGGGGAGGAGGUGGCUUAGUAGGAGAAAGAGUAGUCAUCUUUUAUAAGGGUAACUGUCUCUGGGUUAAAGGGAUAUUCUGGGUAAAAUUAAGUUAUGGUCAAACACACUGUAACACUGAGUUAGACAGAUAAAUGUUGCUGACUGCUUGAUUCUCUAGUUAUACCAACUUUAGUAACGACCGCACAAUAGCAAUACACUGCGGUCUACGCCUCAAUGCACAAACCUCAACCAAAAAGCCACUCUAUAGCCACAAAUAAUGCUCAGAACAGCAGCUAACUUUAUCAACAGUACAUAUAGGGUCCCAGCCAUAGCUGUGCCUGGUUUCUUUAGAAAAGAGACUAAACACAGCUCACCCACUCUCCUCCAGCAGCUGCUUGUGUGUGGGGGAGCCCCGACAAGUCAAUCACCGAAUGCAGCGGAGUUGCGCAGCUCAAGAAAGAAACUUUAUGAUCAUUACUUCAUGGAAAUGCAAUUAGAGUUCUUGUUUAUCUUGUAUGUGCACCGCAGACGCGGUAGCUCUUCCUGUCUUAGCCUGAUUCUGCCUUGGUCUGAUUGUGUUCCCAUGAAGUAAUAAUCACAAGUUUUCCGCUGCACUCUGUGAUCGACUUGUCAAGAGCACUACAGCAUGGAUGGGGAGUUUUCCUCAAGGCAGACACAACUGGGUAAGAGAGUAUAACUAACUAAUGUUAACAAACCCUGGGUACUCUUUGGUCAACUGGCAUCACUAACCCUGACAGAGGAGAUCACACCAAUCACAUAAACAAGGAAGAGUGAGCAACAUCUGACCAAUCACAAGCAUGAAUAAGAGCAUAGUCAGCAGAUUAUCGUAUUUUACAACCUCAGAGCAAACUUAAAAAUGUGGAUGUUAAAUAUAUAAUCAACACGGCUGCAUUUAAAAUAAAAUGGGUGCCGUUAGAUAGAGGUGCUGGAGCGGAGUCUGGAAUGGACUGCUUGUAUCAAAGUGCUAAUAUCUGAGAUUUUAGAUGCAGGCCGAUAUAAUCCGAUAUUCCAAUUUUUGCUGGUAUCGGAUAGAUAUUUAAUAUCAAUAUCGUAUCGGGACACCCCUAUCCACCAUCCAGGUUUCUUAUCAUGCGGGUGCUUUUAUUUCACCUCAGCAUUGCCUGUAUUUUGUGACAUGGACUAGCCUGUUUUCAGUGGCCGUUAAGUGUUUAUUGUGUGUCUGGUUCGCACGUGCAGUCAAGUGUCUCCCUCUUUCUCUCUCCUGUCUUUUGCCUUUGAGUCUGUUAAGGUGGGGGUUAGCUCCUGUGUGUGUUGUUUGAGCUGAUAGAUAGCGGCAGACCGGCCAUGACGUGUCCCUUGUUUCCUGUUGGAGGCCUACAAACACACGCACACCUACUCCGGUCUUCUUUACAGUGUCUCUCGUCGGUGUGUGUUCACCUCAUGCUGCUAUGCUCUUUUUCUUUGUCGUCCUCUUGUUUUUCGUCUCCCGUCAUCUAUCAUGUGUCUCUCAACCAUAAACAUAGCUUAUUCCUUUUCAGAGUUUAGUUUCUGUGUCAAACCCUUCUCCCUCCGCUCUCUUCCACACCCUUCAUUCUUCCUGCCUCCUGUCGUGCCUGUUCUCGUUCCAGUGCUAUUCAACUCGACUUCCUGUUGUACUUGAUGAAAAGUGGUUAAAGUUAUUCGUAUGUACAGCAGCCCUGCAGUGUCGCUGCAUCUCCAGUCUGUUGGACCUUUUAAGGGAAGGAUCCAAAAAGCUCUGGCUGCCUCAGGGAGAUGUUUAGCUGAUGAUUUAUUGUAAUACCUCCUUCACUAUCUCAAUUCUAGGGUUUCAUUUUUCCAGGAUGUUGCAGAAAUUCACGACUUGAGUCAGCAUUGUGUUCAGACUUUGCUGUGAGAUCUGAACCUAGAUAACUUCAAGGAACUGAUCACUCAAUGGGGGCCUCUGUUGAAAAUGUGGGUCAGAUUUGCUGUAAUAACGCACCUUAUUUAACAAGUUUGGGUUGGACGGAUGAAAUAAUCAGGUCUGUCAGUGGAGCUGCUAGACCGUGUCCUGAGUCAGAGAGCGCAUGUUUACAUUAGUAAUCCUUCCAGCACAAUGGAUGUGUGUUAUCCAUGUCACUCAUCAGAUGUGGACAGUGUGCUGCAUAGGAGAUAAUACCAGCUGAGUGCCAAUAGCUCAGGUUUAACAGGGAUCUAUGCUGUAAGCUUCCUGCUAUGUAGGUUAUGUCUUCAUAUCAUGACAAUCUGGCUGGAUUAGGAAUUAGGAUUAAGCUAUUGUACAGUAUGUCAAACUUGUCUUUACAGUGUGCACUCACGCCUGUGUUAUAUUUAUUGAGAGAAAGCAGUGCGUGCCUUUGUGCCAGUACAUUAAUGCAUGCGUGCAUGAGCAUGUGUGUGUGUAUGGAUCUGUUGCAAAGUGCAUAAGGAAAAAAAACCUGAUUGCACCUACAUGUGGUAUAUGUGUUAAAAAUGUUCCUUUUGCCCACUGGCAAACAGAGCAAUAAUGCUGGGGUGUACAGUGAAGGCCACAAAGGGGGCUGAGAGAGGAUCCGACAGCAGUUGGCUGUAAACUUACUCAGCUGGUUUUACUCUCAGUGAGGAGUGGAGAUAUGAGGAGAAAAAAAACACACAGCCAGGUUCACAGGUUCACAAAAACAAACACAACACAAGGUGGGGGCUUUUUCAGAACUACACACAGUAUUUGAGUGUGUAUAUGCAAGAACACAGACCAACAGAUGUGUGUUUAUGAGUGUGUGUGUGUGUGCUUAUAGAAAAGAGGGAAACACUUUGUGAGUCACAGGUCGACAUUAGGAUCAGUUCAGGAUGUGUUUUGGAAGGGAAUCCCAGCGUGAAACAAAGGAUUAGUAGGGCCUCUCGUGUGUGUGUGUGUGUGUGUUAUUUAGAGAGUGAGAGAAUGAAUGGAGUGUUAAUGUAGUCUGUUAUUAGUGUAUUGUCCUGUGCAGAUGUGGCUGGAGGACAGAGGGGGAUUUUUUUAGUGAGGUGAAAGAGUUCAGGAUCUCAGAGGGGUCAAAGGUGAUUGAUGAAUAUUUAGACAUUUAGAAAGGUCUGUAAGUUUUUUGCUUUAUUAGGGCCUGCUUCCACUAAAAGUACUUGUUGCAGUGUCAGUGCCCAAAGCAUUUAUUUGAGAGUGCUGCUCGUUGCAUUUGUUUUAUAAAACAUCUUGAAAUAUCUUAAAAACAAGAGGUAGAAAUGUGUUGUAGCAGCAGCAGUGGCAGCUCUUAAUUUAGAAAUUGUGACCUGAAAAAGUGGGUGUGGUCCUCUGUUUAGACCCCAGUUAUAGAUUUUGAAAUCGCACCUAUCUCUCCCUUAUUUUGAUUGGUUGAUAAUGAAGAAGUCAGCUCUGUGAGAACAGCAUUAAGGAGAGCUGAAAAUGCUAAGCUCUAUCAGUUGGGUGUAGAGAAAAUAGGCCCUACCAGUGCAAAACUGCUGCCAGUGGACACAGGCCCUUUUGCCAUUUGACUUGAUUGUUGUUUUUGUUCUGUAAUUUUUUUCCCCUUAUUAUGAGUCUGUUGAUAUGCUGUGCCAGUGAAAAGACAGGAUGUUUCACUUCUGUGGAGUAAAGUGAAAAGAAGGUUUCUGUUUGACAGUUAGAUUUGCUGCAUUGAUUUGUAUAAUCACAGUUUUUUUUGUCUGUGAGCAGUGUGUGUGUGUGUGUGUGUGUGUGUGUGUGUGUGUGUGUGUCUGUCUGUCUGUCUGUGUGGUCCUGCAGCCUCUGAAUCCUGUUUGUCUUUGUAGCAUUCAUCCCACAUUCUGCCUCUUUGUCUGCCUGCCAUAUCGAGGUGUCGCCUUGUAAGCAACAUGUGCAAACAGCCAUGUGGACUUACCUGUGUGUGCAUGUGUAUUUACUGGUUUGUUUACAUUUCCCACAAUGUGUUUAGUAUGCACACAAGCACUCGUAGAGACAAUUUGUGAGGGUAUUUUCUGCUGUGUGUGUGUGUGUGUGUGUGUGUGUGUGUGUGUGUGUGUGUGUGUGUGUGUGUGUGUGUGUGUGUGUGUGUGUGUGUGUGUGUGUGAGUUACAGAGAGACAGACUAUGCCAGCAAGGCAGGUGUCAGGUGGAGUGACAGGUGGCAGCUGAGAACAGGGAGGAUUUCCUCUUUUUAGUAACGGCUGAUUACCUCCCCUUCCUUUCUCUGGCCAUGCACAGUGAGUCUCAACCAGGAAUCCCCUUUUAGGUUUGUAUAUUUGCAGUUUGUCAACAUUGCAGAGUAUCUAGUUAGUUUAAAAAGUGUAGAAUUGAUCUUUGAAAAUGUAUUUGAGAUUGUAAAGAAAAUAAAAAUGAUCCAAAAUGUGUAAAAACUUAAACUGGAUCAUUGUGUCUCCUACAAGCAUGAAAAGUAGGGUUCAUUUCCUAUUACAGUUAACAAACAAAGGAAAAAUUCAUCUAAUUUUCAAGCUGCAUAUAGUGAAAAUUUAACUGUGAAAUAAAAAAAGAUCACUGUGGUCAUCAUGGACAUGAAAAGUUAGAAACAGUAAGUGUUGUCACAGAUGGUCUAGUUUGUUUUUGUAGCUCACAUCCAGGCGUCGGUAUUAAUUUCAGUCUGUUCAAACCUCCUGGCAACAGUUUAAGUAAAAACAUUUAUUUUGACUCUUAGAUACUCUGUCAAUAUACAUUUUUAGACUGAAUCAUAACAGCUGUGUGCAGAAUUUCUGAAAACAGAGAUGAGAUUUUGAUGUAAAGGGGAGCUGACAAGAAAGAGGAAGAGGGAGACACACAAUGACAAGGAGAAGGAAACGGGGUAAUGGAGGGUUAAAAUAAGCUGUUAGUGUGAGACAGGGAAGGAGGAGGAGGGAUGCAGUUGUUUGUUUUCCACGUCAGUCCUGUCUGAGGGAUCUCCCCCGUGGGAAAAAGACAUCUUUACCAUCAAAGAGCAGACAGAUACUGUAAAACCGCCACUCUGUCUCCUCUCAUACCUCUGACUCACUUAUCGCUGUCUUAUCUCUGCGGCUGCAUUAGUCAGCUGCAAGUUGAAUCGGAUUCAGUUACAGAUCAAUAUCAUCUCCUGGUGGGCUGUUGUGAGCCCAUAAGGCUUUCCUAUUCUUCCAUAAAUCUGCCCAUUAUGUGUGGAGUUUCCCGGUGGCACACACACACUCUCCCUCCCUUUCUUCUCCUCAUGUGUUGACCCCAAGUCAGUCAGGGUCUCUUGACCUGCCGUCACCCCACCAGAUUAGUUGCCAUAAUUAUCACACUCCAUUAAACUUCCAUGAACAGCUGAGAUGGCCAAGAAGUGAGGGGCCCAGCUGUCUCCUCUGUGGUCUAAUCUGCGGAUCCUCAUCAUCCUUGUAUGUGUGCCUCAGGUCACCAUACAGGCUAAACACACGUAUGAACCAGCAAGCAUAGACAGGAUCAACCCCUCUGUUGUUAGAUCUGGCGCAUGUAAACACACUGAAGACCCAAACACGUCUUCAUUCUUCACACUGGAGUGGACACAGUAGGGAUUAAAGAGCUGGAAGUGAUUACAGCAAUAAAGAGAGUCUAUCAGUGUGAAGUAGGUUAAUAACGUUUGUUUGGCUUUCUCUAAAUGUUUGCUUUAGAGGAGGGUGUAGAAGAGCUCUAUGUAUUUUGGUGGGUGGGCUGGAGUUGACAGCGUGUUAACAGUUAACAUGUUAACUAUGUCAGUUUAACCAGACAGCUUAUGAACAAGUUUAUCUCCACAUAUGUCGUCUGUGCUUGUUUACAUCUGGGUAGUAGUAGAGCGUUUUCUCUAGGGAUGGGCGAUAAACUGAAAAUUUAGGGAUACCAAAAUUGACGACAAUAACCAACGUCAUUCUGCCCAUGUCAAUAUAUUCGGUACCAAAUAAAUAAAGUUGGUUUUUAAUGUGUGAUCUCAUGUCCCUUUAAGACACUGUCCUAUGUCGGAGGUGUGACUCCACCCUACCCAGUCCGUAACAAAGAGGGAAAGACAGGUGAGGAGAUGGAGGACGGUUCAAGAGUUGUAGAGGCUGGAGCGGUGACCUAAGUAGACAAAGUUAAUGUGGGAGGGGGUGAGCAACUUGUGGAGUAGUUAUCGUCCAUUUAUGGUUAUCGAGAUGAACUGCUCAAUAUAUCUUGAUAUUGAUUUGAGGCCAUAUCGCCCAGCCCUAAUUUUCACAUUACAGCAGUAUGCUCCAGCUUAGGCAUUUGAAUAAAAAUGUUAUUAAUUCAUUUGAAUUGUUGGUAAUUCUGGUGCAGAUUAGUUAGGGUGAUAAUUUUUAGACGUUUACAAAUCAGGAAGGCUCUUGCUGACUUUGGGGAUCAGCUUUCCUCGAGCCUCUGCUAAGAAAGUGUUAGCAUCAUCACUCAUGUGGUUUUCCUCUCACUGUCUCUAACGUCCUUCUUUCCUAUCUUCAUACCUCACACACACUCUUGCCCUACUCUGCCAGUCUUGUAAAACAUGACACCGUCUUUUCAUUUCUCCACUCUGUUUAAAUCAAUCUUGCCGACGGCUGCUCUCAUGUCUGACUCUCUGCUCCUUUUACUCUCUCUGUCCUGUCAUCUCUUUGUUUCUCCCUCCUCUGACCUGUCUGUCCAGUGAAGCUGGUUUUUCCGGUUGUUGGUGGCAGCGUGUUGACAUUUCCCUCUGCUGAUAUUUAAAACGUGACUCCAGAGUUUGUGCAUGUUAAAUCAAAUGCAUAUUUAAAUGUUACACAUUCUUGUAAACCGAAAGUGGUACAGACAUCCUAGGUGUAUUUGAUGCAGCUGAUUAUGAAGGAACCUAAAAUGAAAGUGAGACACUAGCCAUGUUAACAUGUGCAAAAUUUCUUUAUCUGAUUAAAAAUGAGAGGGAUUGAAUAAUCUGAAUCCACUGUUUAUAUGGGCGCAAAGUCAAAUGAUCCAAUCAUGACGUGCGUAUACAUGCACCGAAUUUUAUUUAGAUUAGAAGCAUUUGGACAUGCGCAUAGUUGUCUGAUUUUGCGCAAACAACUGCAGAAGAAGAGUUGUAUUUAAGCCUGUGCUGUCAACAAACAAACAAACGCAGUAGUGGCUCACUUCAUUCAAUUCAGGAGUUUUCCCCUCUGUUAAAUGUUGUCACUAGAUGGCGCCCUUGCCUACUUAUUUUACUGUUCUGUCAAAGGUUGCGCUGUGCGUGCAGAUGUGACAUCAUUACAUCGUAUGUUCGCCUUGUCAUGUUAUCGAAGGAGCAGACGCAGCACCUGCGGUUGUGUUUAAUGCCAGAGUGUUAAAAAUGAAACUUACUGACCUUGAUACACUAAAGGCUAAAGAGUGAAGACCGAGUUAGGUAAGAGAGUCACGAUCAGAGUGAGUGUUUACAUGGACGCGUUAACAAUCGGCAUAAACUACCCCUCUCGAUCGGAAUGCAAUUUCUUUCCGAUUAGGCUGAAUAGGAUCAGAAUCUGCUGAAAAGGAUCGGAAUCUUCUGAUCAACACGUUUACAUGACGCUUUUUUAUUCAUAUCAGGUAUUUAUUCUGGUUAUUUGUGCCCAUGAAGAACAUGAAGCAAAAACACACAACAGUCAAACAAUAAUAAGAUACUGCUGCAAAUAAAGCCAGCAAAGGUGGAAAUUUGCCUGGCUGCCUUUUUCUUUGGAAUAAAUGCUCUCUGUGUUGAUUGUUGACAGAUUUAGAGGCUCAUAAAAAGUCUGUGAAAGUGUGAAAUUACACUAGCAUUAAACUAGUUCUGAAAACCAAACAGAAGAGCAGAGUGUUUUUUCAUUUAUACUCCCGUAUAAAUAGGAUGUGAGGAGAAAUUUUUAAAAACUAAUGAGGUGCAAAUGUGUCAGACAAAUUCAUACUAAAUCUGUUCCAACACUGGCAGGUUUGGAGGUAAAGUUUUCAUUUUUGAACAGCUUGGUGAUUAAUUCCUGGUUUUCUUGGCCACACAGGGAAGAUUAAACAGAGGCUGGUUAGGUUUAUUUUGAGGAAAAAAAACAAAAGGUCCACAUUUUUCGGGCCUCUCUUCAGGCGUGAAUCAAUAGAGCUUGGUGAAUAGACUCAGCUGACAUGACAUAUGCUGGGGCUGAGUGCCUGACAUUGAUGAUUUAUUCUGUUCCCUAAUGGGUCGUGAAUCUGAUCGAUUAAUCAGCAAGGAUCAGGUGUCCAAUCAGAGGAGCUUUAAUACUUGGCAUGUGACCACCUAAAUGUGUGCUGGCAUCGCCCCAUCACCCACUGAAUCACCCUACACUCUAUUAUUGUGCUGGUCUCCAAGUCCAGGACCCUCUUCCUGGUUACUCGCAAACACAGUGUGUGUUGUCCCUCCCUCUUAGAUCCACACACACACACGCCUUCCUCUCCCCUCACGGUGCUCCACACCAACAGGAAGGAGAGAGGAAACAAAGAGACCACUUCCCGUGCGUACAGCCAGCGUGCUACACAAUAGAACAGGAAGUGCCUGGCAACUGUAAGAGAGGCUGCAGAGUGUGAAGGAAAGAUAAAGUGCUCUCUCCAUCCCCCUCUCAUGCCUGUCAUUUUCCAUCACCCUCUCUGUAAGGGCCUGACCUUCUCCUGCCUGCCUCUGUUUAUUUUGCCUUGAUGUCCUCUUCAUGGAGGAUCAAAUAUUCCUGCUUUUAUUUUCAGGUUUCUUUCCUUUUCCAAUACAUUUGCUCGACUUUUUCUUAAUUUGGUCUCAUUCACUGAGGGAACAAUCAAUCUUUUCAGUGCAGUCACGCCCCAUGUCAGACCAACUCUCCAGAGGGCUGCUGCUGUCACCAUGGCGACCUUUGCCUGGGAUGGACAAUCUUGGACAGCAGGGGACUCUGGACUUUACAGAUGCUCAAAGCCUUGUUUUAAAUCAAGCCUGCUGGCCCGGCUGCAUUGAGCAGACUGACUCACAUGCUGCCAAAGGUCGUCAAAAGAAAUAAAGCAAAGUUAAAGCAGUCAUGACGCAAAGAUUCAAGCACCUGAGUGGCAGCAAAGACAUGAGAGAAGAAAGAGUUAGGACAAGGUCAGUUUUUCUUAGAAAACACAUACAAACACCCAAAAAUGGAGACUUAAAAGGAUCCACGACUACUCGUCCUGGCCCAUCAUGAUUCAUCCCCUCUCCCUCCCCUCUGGAUGUCCACUCUUUACGAUUCCAGGCUCCAACCUUCCCCUAGUGUUACUCUCGGGAGGAAGGUCUUCACUCUGCUCACAACUUCAAAGAACUCCCCCCUCUCCUCCUCCUCCUCCUCCUCCUCCCUCUUCUUCCCCCCCUUACCUACUCAAUCCCUCUCUUCCUCUAUUUGUAUUCUUCCUCUUCUCUCCAUUGUUCAAUCAAUAUCUUUCCCCCUUUUUUCUGCUUGCCCCCCUCCCCUCUUCUUUGUUGCCUUCUAUCUCUCAGCACCUCUUUCCCUUUCCUACCCCUUCUCGUACUUUUUUUUCUCUCGCCGUCCUCCUCUCUUCAAGUGAAACACAUCAAAAGCAUGCUGUCUUCCUCUCUUGUGGUGGUCAUUUAUCCCAGUGGUUGAGCUGGGAGGCGGGCUUCAUGCCAAGGCCAGGUAUCCUCAGGGGAACAUCUGGAAACACACACUGCACCUUAUCUGGUGAAGAGAGAGAGAGUGGAAAAAGAAAAAAAAGCCCAUAAAAGGAAAUUAUGUCAUACUUUGUGAAAUAUGUACCAGGCAUUGUUAGUGAGUGAGUGGAUGCUGGAGCGAUCCCACUGAGACCCAACAACAAGGCGAUAAUCCAGAAUGACUUGCAUCUAUUUUCUCUUUUUUACUUUCCAUCUUCACAACUAUUUUUAGAGAAGCUUCCCAUUCCAGGAAACGCAAUAAAGCCAGUUGUCACAGCAUGAAAUACUGCGCUGAGAGGCUCUGUAUGGCAUCUAUUUAAAUAGCUGCAGAACUCUGUACCACAUAAUAUCUCCCUUCAGUCAGGAUUUUGCAGCAGGCCUAACUAUGGGUCUCCACAAUGACAUGCCUCUAUUAUCAAAUUUCCUGCUCUGCUGCUCUGUCAUGCUUUCCAUGAGAGAGAGAGAGCGACACUUCUCAAGUUAAAACGCACUGCUUUUGCAACUUUGCUCUGAUUUAUUUGAUCUCCUUAAGGUAACUCUGUAGUUUGUGUUGUGUUUGCUCAUUGUCUCACUGAAGUUAGUUAAUUCUUAAAUAGUUUGCAAAGUUUGUUUUGUCUGUUUCCUGCCAGAUCAUGGUUGCUACUGGAAACCACACAAAAAUAUGCAAAAUAAUUAAUGUGCAAAUGUACGGAUUGUGCUCAUGUCUCUGUUCAGUCAGUGGUGACCUUCAGUCAGAGGCAGCAGGUAGUGUCUGCUAUGCUGUACAGAUUAGUUCAGCUUGAAACGAGCUGCAGACUUUCAUUAGCAUUGUAAAUCCUUUGAGGGUCAGCCACGGGCCGGCAUCACGCUCUCAAAGGCACAGUGAAGAACAGACAUCUGUCACUCACCCUCACACUGUAUAUACAGUAUCUCCUCCAUCUCUGCUUGCAAUGGCCCACAUCUGCAUUAUCAGCGUUGCACAGAAGAGGGCAAAACUCAUUGAUAGGGAUGUGCUUAACUGUCUCUGAGAUCAGUAGGUGCUCUUCAGGCUAAGAUGUACCCUGUAUGACUUUUAAACAAUUCGAGGCUCAUACUUGGAUGAAACAAUAACAUUACUUGAAGUAUGUGAUUGAGUUUUUCUGCUUCAUCACUGUAAACUCUGCAGCAGACACGUUUUGCAUCUUUUCUUGCUUUUGCUUUUGCUCCCGUGAUCAGCCGUGUCUUCCUUUCUACUAUUUAUAUUAGCGGACUAUUUCAACACAGUGUUUCGGAGUAUGAGCUUAUCAAACCAAUUACUUAACACUGUGUAAAAGAAUAUAGAGUCAGAAAUCUCAAGAAACAACAUGUGGAAAGAAGGGGUGGGAAUCACUACUGGCCCCACGUUAUGAUAUCAUCACGAUACUUGGGCCAACUGUUUAGCCAAUAUAACAUUUGUCUUAUUUACACUGUAUUUUAUUUUCAUGUGGCACUUCUUGCAAACCUUAUAUAUAUUUGUUGCACAAACUUUCUCCUGCUUUAUGAUGUCAUCUCUGCCAACCUCACUGGACAAACAGUUGAUUUAAAUUUUCCAUUAUCAUAGAUUUGACUUCAUAUUAGCAAUUUUUUGAAAAAUUGAUCCUUGGUAAAUGAGAUGAUACGAUAUAACACCAGACAAAAUAUCGCAAUACUAUGCUGUAUCGAUUUUUUUCUCCCACCCCUAGUAGUUAGAGAUUAGUAUUUAGUGCAUUUUCAUUACCUUAUCAUUUCAGACUUCAGUUACUCAGUUUGGAGGACAUUGAAAAUGAUCAAAAUGGAGACAAUAAAACCAAAUAGUUGCAAGAACACAUUGUUGACAUGAAUUGAAUAUUAUUUUUUUCUCUUUUAUUCCUUAACCUUGCACUUUUCUAUUUUCACAUUAUUCCCUCACAGCCACAUGCAUUUAAAAUUGAUCCAGCUCCAGUUCAAACCUGUCCUUUGUUUCUUUCCACACAUCAUAAACAAAUCAGGAUACAUGUACAGUUUUAAUGGUUGCAUCUGCUCUCUCCCUGCAGCAGAUUACCAGCAGAGUACCAGAUUAUAUCUCUUAAAAUAAUAGAGAUCAUCCUUUCAGCACUCUGAGUUUAGCCCGCAUGUAAACACAAUAGUGUAAACAUAAACCCACAUGUGAAGAGGAUGUGUACUGUGGCCUGUACGGGUCAGGGGAUGGAGUGAACUUUUUAUUUGUGCUGCAGGAGCAAGUUGAUUGUUUUUUUUUUAAAGCUUGGCCUUUGUUAAAGAGAGCUGAUCAGACAGAGCUCGGACUCAUUAGGAGAGCACUCAUUAAAAAACACGCUCACAGACACUGUGAUAGAUGAGUACAGGCUAAGCGCUGCCACUUCUCAUGCACACACACACACUCUGAAGACAAGGUUUCACUUCAGCACUGUGUCUCAAUCUGUCAGGAUCUAGUUAUGAUAGAAUCAGGCUUUGUCUGCUUCAUACACUUACUCUCUUGGUCUCAUACACUCCUCACACAUCUUUGUGCUGCUGCUGCUCCAGGCCAUUGAGGAAUAAUGCUGUUAUAGUCUGGAAGCAUGCUGUAAUGGUGAGGUGAAAUGUGAUCAAAUACGAUAAGGGAAUCUUCUCAGAAAAAAAGAAACGUAAAAUAAAGAAAUAGAUGAAACUAUUAACUACUUUGUACUAUUUCAAUGUGUUAAAUGAUAAUGUGGUAGAAGAACGAGAACAAAAAGAGAAGAAGAAGCUGUGCAGACAGAGAAGUGAUGGUGUGGAUACCAUCAGGCUGCACAUCCCUCUAGCACCCUCUGUUGGACACAUUAGACAAAUGCCCACCACUCACUUGGAGCGAGCACUCAUACGGCUGGUAGAGAUAAUCUCAGAUUUGUAAGUAAGUAAGUGUUUUUGUACAAGUUUAUAUAUAAUAUAUUUGUGUGUGUGUGUGUGUGUGUGUGUGUGUGUGUGUGUGUGUGUGUGUGUGUGUGUGUGUGUGUGUGUGUCUGUGUGUGGUAUUAAUUGUGGUUCUUGUGCCUCUGAGUAAUAGACUCAUUAGAACAGGAGCUGUGCACAUGUGCUCCAGCUGGACUGUCUCCUUAUACCACCUCUGCUCUCAUUAUUAUAGUGCCUGCUGUGUGUGUGUGUGUGUGUGUGUGUGCGCGCGCAUGGUGAGGUGGGAUCUCAUAUGGGGCUACCUUUAAUGAGCUCUCUCUUAUUUCUCUAUCUCUUUCACUCACACCCACUUUGACACCAAAACUUAAACACAUAUUUUCCUCACUGUCUAUAAUCGGAAAAUGAUCAAACAGUGAUUGACACACAUCCUCUGUCUUCUCCUACCUUAACUUUCAGUCUAUGUACAGUAUUUGUUUUCUCUUGUCUGACAGCGACCAGAUGUCCCAGCCAGCCCUGGUCCUGUUAACACGAGCCUGGGCUGUGUUGAGCUGUGGUGUUAAAUUUUAAAAGGCUUAAGUCUGGCCUUGAGAGCACUAUCACUGCUCCGGUAUAAUUGUUUGGGUACGGCUAGAGGAGUGCCAUUUGGCUGAGGAAAGUGAAAGUGCCACCACGCUGAAUUAUAGAUGAACAAUUUUGUAAGUAUACAUCCUGCAAAGUGUUGGCAAAUGCAAGCUUUUAAAAAUACGUCACAAGCAUAGAUUGUUUUUGAAGGUUGGUAUUGACUAUUACUUCCUGACGUCAAUAAAGGAAGGUUCUUGGUGAAUGAGCUUAACUUUAAAAAAGGUAACAGGGAGAACUUGAGGCGCUUCUUUCCUGAAAAAUGCCGUCUCAAAUGCGCCGGAGCGUUGUGUUUGCGGUGCAGAGAGGUUGUAAAUGAAAUGUGGAGGAACAGAUGGUGUUGGAGAGAAGGUGAGGCUUGUGGUCAUCCUUGUCCAAAGCCUGCAUGGUGAGAGUGGCCUGUUGUCCUGUUUGUUUGCGCCGGAAACAGGGAGAAUCAUAACGGAGUGGUGAGUCAUUUAAUCCAUGCAUGUGAGCAAAACAGAGAAAAACACUUUCAAUUUUGUAUCUAGAUGUAAUCUGUAAGGACUCCAUGAAAACCUUUUAUCUCUUAACAUAAUUCUGCUUCUCAUGCGUUGCAAACUUGAGUGCACCAGCAGGCGUUGUGUGUGUCCACUUGCUUGUUCUGAAGCUCUGCCCAGGUGUUGUGUUGAUCCCCACACACUUGGAUAGUGCUUCACUCUCUGUAAACUAGGGAAAUAUAAGGUCUCUCUUCAGUGUAGAUGACAUGAAACAGUGAGUCUUUAGUACAGUUUGUGCUGAGCAGGGUAAACACGGCACAUGUACUUUUUCAUUUAAUCAUAGCACUGAUGCUGGACUCCCCUCUGAGCCCCGGUCAUGAAUCACAGGCAAGAACAAAAGACUUUGCCAUAUGGAGCUGAGCUUGUUAUCCAUAGCCCCUGACAUAUAGAUAUGGAUACACAAACACACACACACACACACACAAAUGCCCAGCUGGGGCCACGGCUUCUAUCUCUUCUAUGUGUGUGUCUGUGGUUGCACGCUCAAAUUGGAUUGCCAUGGUGCCCCUGUGAAGAUGUUUAGCUGUUUUGUUUCUCUUAUGCAAAGACCCCCUGCUCUCUCCCACCCUGCUUACCCACACUAUAGCAAAGGUGCUGAGGUGCAAGUGUGUAUGCAAAGGGUUUAAUGGCUUAGGCUGUGUCAGGCUGGGGAAAACAUGCUCAUUCAUAUGAUAAUCUCCAAACAAAGAAAAAAACAAUAAAUCUGUAAAACAUCCUCUGAAACUGACGGAGAAGGGGGCAGAUCCCACCGAGCCGCAGCUUCAGAUGGGACACCAGCUUGCGUAUCUCAUCUCAAACAUGGGAGACCUUUGGAUUUAGGCCACAAAGACACACAAUGGAAACUGUUUCUGUCAUGAUAAUAGUAGCCUAAGCAGUGUUACCGCUGGUAAGGACAGUAGGUUAUAGUUGUUAUUGUGUCUGAUGGUUUAACAUUGAGGAAAAAAGUAACUAUCUUAGCAUAUGACGGGGUAUAGCUGCCACUAGGGCUGGGCGAUAUGGGCAAAAGUUUAUCACAAUAUAUUUUUUUCAUGUCAGUCAAUAUCGAUGAUAUCACGGUAUAAAAAAUCACUUGUCAAUCUGAAAUGUUCCCUGUUACCCUCAAAUGAAAUUUAACAGUACUUAUUGGUAGCAUGUCUUUGGAAAUACAAGAAGCUACUGCAUCUGUGAGGUCUUUGUGUCUCUUUGACAUUUUGUCGAAAGGCGUUGCACCAAACAAAGCAGACUAAAUGGUUGGCUGUUUUGGCGCCAUGGGCUCCUUGCUCUGCUCGGGGUUCGUAACCUUUUACAUUGUUGGUGCUCUGCUGCGUGGCACUGCUUCAGGUGGUGAAAAAGAUUUUGAGGUAUUCCCCAACUUUGUGUGAACAUGAACUCGACAUAAUUUGCAGAGCACACUUCUCUGCUUCAUGUCCGACCUCAAAAAACAAAAUACCUCCACACCACCGACGUAUUCAUGCCAGUGUUGUCAACGAUGUUGUCGUCUGUUGAGCCUUCAUCUGCGUUUCUGCCAGAGGUAGCACUCAUUUUCUUUUUUCUCAUCGACAGUGCUGUCAGCGUCAUGUGUUAAAGUGCUAUGGUUGCGUGUAGCUACACAGUGUUUUGCUACUUGGUUCUAAUUCAGCACAUGAUUGGUUCAGCGCGGCGCAGACCCGAAGCAACACACCUUUUCAUUGGCUAUUAGUGUGGUCUACCAAACCAUGGGAGAAUGCCAGCUAUUGAAAAGCAAAUUGACUUUGUUUCAUAUCGAUAUUGAGGGAAAUAAAUUUUUAAUAUAUAUCAUUAUCGUUUAAUCACCCAGCCGUAGCUGCCACAAAGUUUGUUCUUACUUUCAUGUCCUUAUCACUCAAUGAGACGUCAGAAUAUCCUGUGGACAUCCUGAAUUCCUCUCAGUAGCCUUUAGAGCCAUCUUUCAAGAAAAGUGUGUUGUACAGACAAAAUGCCAUUGUUUCAGCAGGCUUGAUUUGUGCGCACAUUUACUUGAGUUUGAGGACAUGUUCAGACAGUGAAAAAUGUCCUGUUUCGGGAGCUUGAGAGAAAGAGGAAUAAGAAUAAAGAGGCUUAUCUCCUGCUGCAUCUCUGUCAGUGCUUUGACCUCAAUGAUCAAACAGGCUCUUGGCUGAUAGUUGCCCAUUACAGUGCUUUUUAAAACAACAUACACUAUAACUAGCAAAACAAGUCCAAUUUAUUCACUUUCAUGCAUCAGCAUUGAGUUUAUUUUACAGGUCCUCUGAGGGAGGUAGAAGGUCUGACUGUGUGCUGUAGAGCUGAAAAGCAUCUGGACAGUCACAAGAUAACCCAUCAGGGCCGGCCGCUCUGGGUCUUUGACUCUUUGAAUAGAGAUUGAAGGUUUACAGAUGUGAAGGCCUGAAUGGACGACACCUGAGAAACUUCUUUUACAAUGAGAAACUUAAUAACCCUCAACAUCUGAUAUCAGCUUUGCCAUGAGUUUUCUCAACACUGGCUCAGGUGUUUAAUGACUUCAUAUUAAAACAAAACAUCUUCUUGCGUGUUAAAAGACACAGCUGGACACAGCUCCAGCUUUAAAAUUAGGUAUCAUGCUUUUUGUUGUAGCCGCUUGAGCUUUUUGCUCUCUGUAACUACUCCACCAGCGCUAAUGGAUUGGCCAAAUGACAGCAGCACACAUGAUUUUAUGCAGCUAAAGAGGGAUAUUGAAAGAGUUGCCACCAGCAGGAUGGAUAUAUUGAACUGCAUCCCAUAACUUAAUCAGCGUGGAGUACAGUUGGUUGGCACUUCUGAGUCUAGCAUGAAGACAACUGUAGUUUUUACAUGGGGGUGGUGUAGCUGCAGGCAGACGCUAUUCACAGAUUCCUGUGUUUAUUGCCAGAGUGAGGCUCCCAGCCUGGUCAUGCCUGUCACACAGAUGUCUUGCUCCACAAAUCACACACAGGAACCUAAAAACAUAUAAGCAGCAUGAAAGGAGCUCUAUCAUUGGAGUUUCAGGUGGUUUGACAUGUUGGUUUUUCAGUAUGUUUAAAUAUAAAAACCGAGGUAAACCUGCAUGACACUCCCUGCAUAUAUAAAAUCAAUAGUUUUUAUGGCUUGGCCUUUUGUUUGCUGCUCUUUGUUAGAGAUGAAGCUUGUUUUUAUUGGAGCAUGAUGCUGGUUAGGAGAGGUUGUCCUGUCGUCUGUGUAGGAGAGACGUGUGUUUACACCGCUGUCAAACUCUGGCUCAGAGCCAGACCAGCAGCACAUUGCUCAGUGCAGCCGGGGCAUCAUGCAUUUGAAUGGAACAGAGAUUAAUAUGUUUGGACUGGAGCCACAUCUCCCUCACACAGACACAUGUUCAGAUAUUUGUCUGUAAACCCAUUGAUAAGAUAUUCUUUCCUCAUGGCUUAACGCAGAACCUCACAUUUCGACCAGAUUUAGAAACAUGAUAUUUAAGAUCUGCCUAAAAAGUCUCUAUGGUUGAAAAGAUACUCCUGUUCCUGAUCUCAAAUGUAGACACACAGGUGACCAGUUCAUUCCUACACUCUAGGCAUGUGUGUGUGUGUUCGUGUGUGUGUGUGCAACAUCCCCAUCUGGAUAUUUGCUCUUGAGUGGAUCAGCAUCUGUCCCUUUGUGAGGACUGGUGCAGGCAUCACAUGUAUGUAUGUGUGUGUGUGCGCGUGUUUCUUUGAUGAUGUGUGUGCGUGUGUGUGUGUACAGUAUCAGUGUUUUUUUCAUCACUGUUAAUUAUGAACCCCCCCACCCUCCUUGUCUGCUCCCCAAAUCAGUGCACAGCUGCAGGCCCCCCCUGAGUAAAACAGCGCUGCAGCUAAUGUCUUAUUAUUCACGCUGUCUGUCUGCUCACCAGCCAUACAGAGCCUGGGGGACGGAGGGAGAUUUGGGGAUGUGUGAGCAUGUGUGUGUGUGUGGGUGUGUGUGCAUAUGAAAUGAGGGAGCUAUGUAUUAGCAAAGUGGUAAUAGAGGGCUCACUCAGUCCCCUAAUUCAUUGGCGCUACUUAAUUAAAAGUGAUGCGACAGUGUGAUUGGAGCGGUUGAUGGAUGGAGACCAAGACAUGCCCAGACCCUCUAGGAUCAUGGAUAUCAGUGCGCGUGUGUGUCAGCAUGCGUCUGUGUGUCAAGUGAAAGGAAGAGGAAGUCAUUACCUUUUUAAUCAUAUUCUCCUUAAUGUCUUUUUCUGUUUUCCUUCCUUUUAUUUCCUCAUCCCCCUUUUUUGUCUCUGGAUUCUCCCUAAAGCCUCCCUCGUGUUCGCCCUGCCCCCCUUUCCGUUUCUCCAGCUGGCUCUCAGUGUCAAGCUCCUUGUCAUCUUCAAUCAACCCCUCUUUUCUGUAACACUUAGCCUUUUUCCUCCCGUCCCCGACUGUCUUUAACCUUCCAGUGGGAUGUGUGUCAGAGAAAUGAUCCAACACUGUGCAGACAUGUCAUUGAGUGUGACUCAAGCUGUACAGAAGAAUAAAUCUGGACUCACUGUAUGUGUUGAUGCUUUGAUAUAUUUUGGCUUCAUUGAAGGUUAUCAUACUGCUGUGCUCAGCUGAAAGCUGCUUCCAGUAUGUGAUUCAGUCUGGAAUCAGACCAUGGAAGCUGGUCUGUGACUUCUCUUAUGCACUCCUGUUUUUGCUGCAUUAAAGGCUGUGAUUAUACUUAACUCUGAGACCCCCGAGUAGAAGCCCUCAUGUAAUGUGAUGGACUUGAACAGAGCUGUCUAAAAGGGAAAAUCAGAGAUGUUUCAGGAUGAAAGAUUAAUAAACCUUUACAUUAAACAAGGCAGACUAAUAUUUAUUCAUUACAUUUCCACUUUUCUCACUGGUGAGUUAAUCCAAGCUUGAUUAUUAAAGGAUACCUGACUCCACAUGUUUUGAACUGGAACUCUGACUUUACGUUAGGUUUCAUCAUUUUGACCCUUGUCUUUGUGUCUUAAUUUAUCUUGUCCUUCACAUGCUUUGGUGGUUGUUUAUGACAAUCCCAUCCUGCUAGCUUUUAAAAGUCAAAUUUAUAAUUUAUUUAGAAUAUCUUAUGCAGAAAUGAUGAAGACAGGGCUGGUAAGCUGGUUCUGAUUCUGCUUCUUCAGCUGCAAGGACUAGACUUACUCCGUCACACUGGUUUUUAAUUACUGUAAAAGUUGGAUUAUGUGUUUUUAAAAGAUCAAUUGUCUUUAUUUCACAGAUUUCUUUAGUUAAGACAGAAGACAAACCAGUAUCUUAAAUAUCAUAUAUAAGAAGCUGAAAGUAAGACUUUUCUGGAAGAACAGAAGUUAAAUACUGAAUUUUAGGAUGGUUUAGGAUUAAUUUGUGUAUCUAAAUUAAAGGCGCUGUGAGGAGACUGAUUCCUCUUUAUGACUCACAUAGUUGUUGUUACUAGCAGACUUGAUUAUUUCUUCAUACAGAAGUUUUAGUGUCUGUGUUUGAGUUGGAUUUUCUGUAAAAAUCUCCCAGUUAAAUUUUGGCAGUGAAAUAUGAUAAGAAGAACUUUAUUGAUCCCCAAAGAGAAAUUCAGUGUAUCCUGGAGUGUUUUUCCUUCAGAUUAUUUACUCUUUACAUAGUAUCAACGCAGGUUUGACAAAAAUGCUUACACAUUGUCUGCUGAAGCAUUGUGAAAGACAGGGUAAAUCUACAACCAGGGCUUUACAAGGUAACAGAGCAAAACGGCUCUGAACGGAAUUUCAUGUUGACGCUGGCUUGUGAAUGUUUCACUGCUCUUUAAAAACAAAAGAGUUCAACUGUGUGUAUAUUUGUGAUAUUUGUAAAUUCACUGGGACACCAGAGCACACACUGUGACAUUGGGGUUGAGAGGGGUAAAGCCAAAGUAGGAAGUCCGAUCAUAGUUUAGACCCAAACUUCAAAUAAUGGAUCAGAGUUUGCAAAAUUCAGUCACUGGUACAGUGCUGUUGUACUUGUCUCCUCACUCUGCAUCCUGCCCUGAACAAAGAAAAUCAGUGUUAAGAAGAUCUGAUUUUCGUGCACUUGCUUCCACAACAAAUGCAGAUGUAGGCAAGAGCCGCAUCUUUACAUCAGUGGGUGAUGUGCAUUCUGGGAAAUCAUCACCUAUUUUGUCACCAGAAUCAUCACAGCAUCAGAGACGCUCUAAGAAGGGCUGGGCGAUAAACCGAAAGUUUACUAAUACAGAAAUUUACGACAAUAACCGAUGCCAUUUUUCCCAUGUCGGUAAAUUCAGUGUCAAAAAAAUAAAUAGAUAAAAGUUGGUUUUGUGUGUGUAGGUAGGCUAUGGUCUCAUGUCCCUUUAAGAUGCUGUCCUAUGUCAGAGAUGUGACUCCACUCCAUCCAGUCCAUAACAAAGAGGGAAAGACAGGUGAGAAGGUGGAGGACGGUUCAAAAGUUGUAGCGGUUGGAGUGGUGGCUGAGGUAGACAAAGUUUAUGUGGGAGGGGGUGAGCAGCUUUUGGAGUAGUUAUCGUUUAUUUAUCAUUAUCGAGGUGAACUGCUCAAUGUAUUGUGAUAUUGAUUUGAGGCCAUAUCGCCCAGCCCUAGUGCCACUUUAACAGUCUUCUUUAUCAGGCUUUUUACCGGGAAGCUUUUCUAUUUGACGGUACUGUAUGUUUCCUCUGUAGAUUGUGUGUAUCACAUGUGAACAGCCUCUUAUCUUAUGAGCUUAAGCCAACACACAGAGUAUAUGUGUUUGACCCACUAAGUUCAAGGUCACUUGUAGUUCAUCUCAGUCUGUAGAAACACAGGAGGUGAUCCAUUGUGUGUAUGUGUGGGUGUUAGCUUAGCUGUUUUUGUGUGCGCUAGCAGGCAAUAAUUGAGCCUAAUUAUAUGCAGCUAUUCACGGAAAGUUACUGCCACAGGGUGAAUAGGUCUCUAAUUUCGAAAAUGAAAUAGCAAUCCACGCGCACGCACACACACACACACGUGCACACACGCUCAGGCAACGAGCCCACUGGGACAGCUGUAGUACUCUUUCUCCUACCAGUCUAAACACACAGCAGUGUUUUCCUGCACAUCAAAGGGCUCCCUGCACACAAUAAGCCAUAUUUUACCCCUGCAAAGCUCCUACUGCACUUUAAAAAUUCUCACCUAGCAAUUUUAAGGAAGAAACUCCAGGAGAAUAAGAGCUUGAAGAGGUUAGAGAAACUGUAUCUGUAUAGUAUCAUCGCAGCCUGAUCUCUCUGUCCAGGUGAAUGUGUGAUAGAUCCACUAUAAAGCAGAUUCAUAUAAAUAAACCUGCACCUGUGGACUGCCAGAUGUUGUUGCAAGCAUUAUCUUGUGUGCUACGGUCGCCUGCAUCUGUAUGGACGCUUCCUCUUGACAAUGAGAAAAGGUUUGCAUGCUGUAACUUCACCUUUCCAAACGUGUUUUAACAGGCGAACAAAGCUUCCUCCGUAGUUCUCGUACAGUGUGUGCAUGUGUGACAUUGGUAUGUGGGAAGGUGGGGGGCAGGGGUCUGCUUUUGACACCCUAAUCCUCCAGCCUAGUUUGGCUUUGUGUGAAGACCUUAGCUGGGAGGAGAUAGAUGGAGAGAGUGAGGAGAGAAAGAGAGAGGGAGCAGAAGAAGGAGGGGGUAUCAGGGGCAGUCAAUUGAAGAGGAGGGGGGGUGAUAGGAGCGUGGGGUUUGAGGGAGGGGAGUGAUGGGAAGGCAGAAUGAGAGAGAUGGGGUUCGUUCAUUCUGCUGCUCUCUCUAUGGAAGGAAACAAAGGAUGCUGAAGGGCCUGACUUCUGUCAGCUGGACUCCUUAGUUUUCCUGUUUUUGGCCGGUUAGCGUCUGCUGACCUGUUUGCCUGCCUGUAUCUACACCAGCCUCCUCAACUCUUUUUAUCUGCCUGUGCAUCUCUCUGUCCCUGCUGAAGACGUCUUGUUGCCGAUGUGAGUUUUUCUGCUCUUGUCCUUGCACGUUUAAAGUAUCCCAUAGAGGUCUUCUGUGGUCAUUGCAUACUAUACUUUUUCUGCUUCUGCUGGUUUGUGUUUUUGUCAUUUCGACAGUCUAAUAAUUCUGACGUGGAUAAAUCUGCAGUGUGAAUCUGCUUCUUUGCUCUUAGUCAUGUCUCUACUCUUUUUAAUCUUACAGUGGUACUGGACACAUCUUUUACCACUUUUCUGUCUAAAUCAGUGCCUAGAACAGCAUGCCUGCUCCUCAGGCUGUGGAUGAAUGAGGCAAAUGUCACCCACAGCUGACAAAGCCCACCUGAAAGAGUCCCUUAUAGUCAACCAAACUCUGCUCUAAUACACACCUCUGAGGUUCACACUUCAUCUAUAUCAGUAAAAGAGGUGACAUGUUAGUUUUUUUUUUCUUCCAGAGAGCUAAUGCCACAUGACAGCCGGCUACAUCUGCUUUUGUUAAAGUCUACACACGCACACACACUCACUCACACAAGCCUAGAGAGCAAGCGUGCCCUAAAUAUUUAGCUGUGGUUUUCUGUGGCUGAAGGGCAGACGGCUUGGUUUGCUGGCUUGGCAGAAGUUUUGGCACACUGUGGGUCAGCCCUGGCACAGGAACUGACAUUAAGAGUGGGUGGGGCGGGCUGUCUCUGCUGUCUGUCACUUUUAAAGAGGGACGUUUGGCAGAAGGGCAAAGACAUACAGCUUUUAACUUAGAGGAGACAGGCAUAUUGGAUAGAUCAUCAGCAGUUUAGGACAAAUAGUACGACACUGCAGAAUUAUCUUGAUGUUGAUAUGUUCAUCAAUGUUUAAUCAGGACAUUCAUUUAGAGUCAGAUCUCGUAUCCUGGUGUCGAGCUUGUCAUCAGUUGAAGUCGAUGCACAAAAGAACUGAUUUCUGACUAAUAUUCAAAGUGUUGCAACACUGCUCUCUUGUUCAAACUUCUUAAAUAUAAAGAUUAGUUUGUGUUUUUGCUCCUCCAUGAAAACAUGCUGUAGUGUGUCCAUGAGGCAGCCAGGAAAACUGACCUUUAGAAGUCUCAACACACAUACUAACUCAAACUUGACAGUCACACAGCUCAAGUUUAAAAACCGUGCAACAGUGUGUGCAUUACUGUUAUCACAAUCCAGAAGCUUUGAUUCAUGCUUGCAAAAAAUCAGAUGAUUAAGAUUCCUGUUUUGAUGCCACAGGGCUAAUGAGAGGCAAAAUAAAUGAGAUUUUCCUAAAAAUAAUGUUCAACCAAAACAAAAUGCUUCCUUGAGUCAUUAUUAAUAAUCCCAAGGAAGUGUUUUGCGGUGUGUGUGUGUAUCUACAGAAGACAUUCUCUCUGUCUGUAUUUGCUCAUUUUCUGACUAAUGCACUUACUUUGUGGGUGUCAGUCACUGUGCAGCGCUCUGAGGCUCCCUGUCAACAGUCUGCAGGUCACGACCGAUAGUAAAAUGCACAUCAUUGUCAUUCUCCUCUCUGUCAAAUGUAAUAUUUGUGUCUUUUUGAAAUGCUAGUAAACAUCUGUGAAUUUCCCAGUUUGGGAUCAAUAAAGUAUACCUUCCUACCUACCUACCUACCUACCUACCUAUCUAUCUAUCUAUCUAUCUAUCUAUCUAUCUAUCUAUCUAUCUAUCUAUCUAUCUAUCUAUCUAUCUAUCUAUCUAUCUAUCUAUCUAUCUAUCUAUCUAUCUAUCUAUCUAUCUAUCUAUCUAUCUAUGUAUGUCAAUCUUAAGUGUUUCCUGUUAUUCUUAAAUGAAAUUUAACAGUACUUAUUGGUAGCAUGUCUUUGACAAAACAUUAAGCUACUGCAUCUGUGAGGUCUUUGGGUCGCUUCGACGUUUUGUUAUAAGGCAUUGCACUAGAGUAGUGGUUCUCAAGUCCAGUCCUCGAUAUUUCCCUGCUCCAACACACCUGGUUCAAAUGAUCAGCUCGUUAUCAAGCUCUGUAAUGGCUUAAUAACGAGCUAAUCAUUUGAGUCAGGUGUGCUGGAGCAGGGAAACAUCCAAAACUUGCAGGACUGGACUUGAGAACCACUGCGCUAGAGAAAGCAGACUGAAUGGUCGGUUCAGCGCGGCGCACAUCCAUAGCAACUCCCCUUUUCAUUGGCUUUUCUUUAAGCCGACCAAAACAUUGCAGAAUGCUGAAAAGCAUAAUGACCAUAUUUCAUAUUGAUAUUGAGGGAGAUUAAUUUUUGAUAUACUACAUUAUUGUUUUAUUGCCCAGCCCUAAUCAUGCUAUUGAAAUGUGUCCAAGUAUUAACAUGUUUUAUAACCUUCAUGUGUAUGCAGCAUGUGAAAGUGUAUGUAUGGACCCUGCAGGUAUAAAUAAAUUAGAGCGGACGUUCAUGCCUGGCCGUCUGCUUCUGAGAGAGCAAAUGAGUGUUACCAUGGAAAUAGGUAGAUGUUGUAAAUCAAGCCUCAUCCUUACAGUACAUAAGACAGAGCUCCUCUUCUCCAUCCCGACCAUCUGAAAUGCUUUGUGCUACCUUGUGGAGGAAUGUGCUGCCUCAGUAUCCGAGCUCUGUCUGGGCAGUUGUAGGGUAAUUCUCUAAUGGGUCUCAGUAGAGGACCAGCAUCACUCAAUAGUCAUCAGUCAAUCGUUGUCAAUAAGACGAAGCAAAGGACAGUGGGCUCUCUUGCUGUCACUGUCCAGAGCGUCACAAGAUUGACCGUCUCUCUUUCCAAAUUGGAUUCAGUGCCUGCAGAGAGGAGUGUUUACCGUUACAACAUUGUGCCAAAUAAAAAUGCCUCCCGUCUCUGGGAAAUAAAACCCUGUAGAUGGAUGGAUGGCAGCUAUACAGCACACAGCAUGUAUUAAUGAUAACUCUGAAAAUCUGGAUAUAGGCUGUGAUCGUACUCUGUUCUUUCUAUCUGCUCUCCUCGGCAGAGCUGCAGCAGGUAAUUAAAAAGAAAGGUCAAGAGAUGAGUGGACUUCUUUGUAUGCAGGGACAGCGAGCCUUGGAGGGUUUAGAGGAGGUGAGGAGGUCACUUUGGAGGGAUAAAGGCAUUAACAUAGGUGGGUUAAGUGAAAGGUGGAAAAGAGAAGCCAGCCCUCUCUGUCUCACUCGUCCUCUUUCAUUUCAUGAUUCCUCUCUUCCUUUGACAGAUAAGGCGCUUACAUACUGCUGUUUCAAGGCAGGAUAUUUACGCCCCUGUUUCUCUUAGUUUGUAAGCAAGAGGUUACGCCUCUGAAAAGUGGGGGAAGAAGAUGGUGAAGUGUAGUGUCCAAGCCCAGGUGUAGGUGUGUGUGUGUGUUAACAAGUGGCAGGACGACGCCAACAUUUGUCUGUGUUGGGGUGUUACGGUGAAAUGAUGACUGUUUUGCAGAAUUGCAGUCUACAAAAGUAAGGCUGUUCUCCCUCAUUGUUACCCACUCCUCCCUAUUACCUUGUCUCCACUGCUCUUUUGAGAUAUACUCUUUCCAUUUUUACAGCUCAAUGCAUGGCAAAGCCUGCUGUCAGUGCAGAGGGGUGACAGAGGUCGAAUAAGGUGUAUUAUACAGCUUUUCCCUUGGGGCUGUGUUAUUUGGAAUGGGCGCUGAGCUCUCCUCCAUACGUCCAUUCAUCUCUUUCCUUCACUGUCUCCAUCUAUCCUCUCUUCUGUCUGCUAUUCCCCAGGCACAGCAGCACAUGCUGACCCCUGAAUCAUCAAAUCAUCCUGUUUUUAGCCUCUAAUGGAGGCACUUAAAGCUCAAACACUGAUGUAGAAUCUGAACGUAUGUAGGAAGUCAUACGCAUUUGUAAGCAUAAGCACAACCACUGAGAUCCACUGGGGCCUGAGACUCUUUUGUUUUUGACUCUGUCAUUGUUUACCAUUGAAUGUCGUUCCUCCAUAUUAACUGACAAAGCUGUUUGUUCUCCGAUCAAACGAUUAGCUUCACUGAGACAUAACUUGAUGGAUCAGUGUGUGCUAGGGGCCGCUCUGCCACUGAGGCCUCCAGCCAGAAUUUGGAGCUGUCCGAAGAGAAUAGGCUUCUAUUGUGUGGUUGUCAGGCUGGCUGACCGCUGUGGUGUGCACACUCAGGCACACAUACACACACAGACUUACACUGAUGUACAGGCAGACAAACAGAGACACUUAUCACCAGAAAGAGUCAGUGUCAGGUCAGCCAGCCCAGCCUGUGGACAGCGCUGUAUUGUUGCUAGCCUCCAGCUCUCCUGGACGGUCAACAGUAAGAGCAUUCAGCUGUUAGUGGUGAGUCAGGACCGGCGGACAGCACAGCAGCCAGUGUGACCAACAACACCUGCCUUUAACACCAUCACAUUGUUGUGUUCAAGAGGCUCUGACUGAUAAAUCAAUAAUGAAACUUGAGGGACUCUAAAUCAAGUCAAUUAUCAAUAGCAGGGGCCUAAACAAUGCUUUGUGUGACAGGGGGGCAUCAGUAUGUCUUUUAUAUCAUUAAUUAAUGUGAGUGAACUUAUUGCUUUUUCACUUGGCCUGCCCUCUACAGCGACACUCACCUCCUAUUGAGUGGUAACAUCAGUGGAAAACCUUACCUCUUAGCCGAUGACUCUUGUUAGCAUUUCUUUCUCCCUGCAUAAACAGCACGUCAUGUCAAGUGGCGGUUUGACUUUGACACUCAACGCAGCCGGACUGUUUGACUGACAUGUUUUCCGAGAGGCGCCUCUUUCUUCCUCAGCUUUGUCCUCUUUCUUUUUCCGAAAUCCAUCUGGAGGGUUGUUAAAGCUUGUCUGAGAAUUCAUAGAGAGGAGCACAGCUGUAUAGAUGCUCCUGGUUCAUGUCUCAGAGGUGUAGUUGGUCAGCCCCCCUUUGAUAGUCCCCAGUCAACAAAUGUGUCUGAUGUACAAAAAACGUUGACAUCUCAAAUCAGCAAAUCAGCCAAAGCACUCAAGUUGAUGACAAAUUCUGUCUCAUUGACUGGCUAAUGUUAAAGAAAAUGAUGUGUUUUCAUCCUUCUUGCAUUUUGGUUAAAUAAGACAUCAUUUCAUUUUUUAUUUCUUAUAAUAAAUGACAGAAGUAGUGAUAUUAAGUGCCAGUUAAUUGCUAACUGUUUCGCAAAGGUCGGACCUACAGUAUAUUGUUGCCAGCACAUGAAGCUCUUGUAGCUAAAUUUUAAAUCUGGUUGCCUCACACUGGAGCAGCAGUUCUCUCCCAGUAACAGAAACAUUCACACAACAACGGGUGUGACAAUGCCAUGAUGAAUGCCAAGUGUCUUAUCGCUUUAUGAAGUAUGCAUCCAUCUAUUUCCAGUGUGCAUUUAAGCUAGCUCUUUUAGUGACACUUAACUGAUGGUCAACAUGUCAGUGUUUGUAAUUUAAGGGUUUUUAUGGACAUCAGUUUAACAACAUUUUAAGAACAGAUACCCAGUAGUGGUGGGAGAAAAGAUCAACACAGCAUUGUAUUGCGAUAUUUUAUCUGUUGAUAUAUCGUAUCGUCUCAUCCACCAAGUACCGAUUUUUUCAAAUUAACUGCUAAGAGAUUUUGUACAACAAACAUGGCAGCAACUAGGGAGGGACUUAAGGGAUGCAAGCAGGGCAAAAAUAAAAUAGAAAUGACAUGAGGUUUGCAAGAAGUGCUACAUGAAAAUAAAAUACUGUUGAAAAAUUGUAAAAAUUGCAAUUUAUGGUAUCGCAAUACUCACUGUAUCGCAAUAUGUUUAAAAUCACAAUAAUAUUGAAUCGUGGCCCAAGUAUCGUGAUGAUAUCGUAUUGUGGGGCCAGUAGUGAUUCCCACUCCUAAUACCCAGAGAUCCCAUAGAAGUCUAGUAAAAAUUUUUAGAGUUCAGCUCUAGAUCUCUAUCAUGCCACAAGGUCACGAUAUUUCUCACUUAGCCUGAGUUUCCAUGGUCCUCUGCUCUAAUUUUCCUCCUCCUGUGCUGUAGUUGAAUUCCUGGUUUGAAAACCCUUUACCUUGAUAUUCCUCUCAAACAGGGCAAUUAGAAUAACAUGCAGCGAGAUCUUAUUUAACAGACGGCCUUCUAAUUAUGUGUCAGGAGACAACUGAGACAGAUUCAGUUCAUGCUGACAUCAGCAGAGUUUUUUCUUCUGGUUAAACACUGCGAGGGAAAGUGUUCCAGACGCAGCAGACAAAUGAUCUUUUAAAUGCCUCUUGCCUUGCUGAUGUUACCGCUCAAGUAUUCAGGAGGAAUUCACCACAGUACCAUAUCUGUCAUCUAACUUAUGUUACCUAUACAAUGUCAUUUCCUGUAUGAAGGUGAGAGAGGAACAUUCAGAGGGUGCAGGCUGGUCAUCUGCUGCCACAACCCUCCUCUGGUGCCCUGUGGUGCCAGUGCAAGCGGCCAGAGAGUGUGAUCCUGUGGCACUUGUGCACACACGCACACACUCGCACACUACCACAGAUCAGCCGAGCUAAUGACUCAUCUCUCUUCCCCCCUCCCUCCCUUCUCCCUGUCUGUCUGUUCCUCUGUUUUCCUCUGUCUCUGUCUGAACAGGGGACAUCACUCAGAAGGGCUAUGAGAAGAAAAGAGGCAAGCUGUUGGCACCGUACAUCCCACAGAUACAAGGUAAGGCACACAGGCCUGCAGGAGAAUUUACUGCCCAGAACAGAGCAAUAUUUGCUCUGGCUGCCUGUUAGCAUAGCAGCUAGCAUGGAAAUAUAAUGCUGUCUAUACAAAGUGAAGAGUUAAAAACAAGCAGGAUAUUUGCAGGAGUUUGGAGAAGAAAAAAAGUAAAACAUGAUGAGUGUGCAAAAGAAGAGUAAAGAGGAAUCACAAAUUAGAAAAUGUAAAGAAACAGAAAAAAAACAUGUCUUUCAGGAAAAGGAAAAGCUGAUUUUUAUGGCAGAUUGAAUUUUGUGGGUUCAUAAAGUUGUUCAUACUCGAAUUGCUCUGGUUUUUCCUCUGCCUGUGUAUUCUUGAUGCUUCGGGUCAGGACUCUAACCAUGGUCCUGUGACCUGUGAGUCUGUUAUUAACGCUACAGCCUGCUUCAGCUGUCUGUCAUGGUGUUUAUUUGCCAGUGCAUAUACUGUAUGUGCUAACUAGACUGUCAUGGUUUUGUAAACAUAAGGUGUAGCUGCUGGAAUUGUAAGUGGUCUAGACCUGGUCUCAUUAACUUUAACUGAGUGUGCUGCGCUCUCAUAAUGUAAACACCAAGCAUUAAACUGAAGGUUGACUUUUCUUACUAAGUGUGAAGUAUUGAGAGGAGUGUUUUGGGUUUGUUUUUUUAAUUGCCAAUUUGUGCCUCUCCUCCUGUCUUUGGUUGUAGGGGGCUUAACUUUGAAAAUGAAGGAGGAGAGACGUUACCAAUCUGAAUGUUCAUGCUCAUUGUCUGUCUUUGUAGGAGUGGUGCAUGGAUGUAUAUACCAGCAUAGUGUAUUUUCAGCUCUGGUCGUACAGUCAGUGAGUUCCAGCUUCCUGGGCAGACUCUAAGGUCAGGGAGGUUUGUGGUGCAAAUGUAUUGUCUGUACGCUAAAUACUUCUCCGUCCUCCAUCAGAGGUCCGCGGCAGUCUUUGGUUUGGCUUGAUAUCCAAACACCAGGAAUCAGUGGAAACCAGAGUCUGGUGUGGGUUGCGCGCUCAAGCCUUUCCACUUAAGUUUGGAGGCCUGUUAUUGAGCUUGAGCCGAUCAUCUCCUUCACCCUGUAUCAUACUCUCUCAGGCCUCUGCCUCCUUGUUAUCCUGGAUUUAUGUGCCGUCUCUCUGUUGUUUAUUGUUUGAUCCAUUCAGUGUGGAUCCUAACAGCUGAAGACAGGAACUGACGGAUUUAGAGCUGCAGUGGAUGGGCUUUUAAGUGAGUGAGAUUCUAUAUAUACAACACUGGCUUCCAGCUGGAUGAAUACAUUUGGUGGAAAUUAAUGACACAUCUAUCCAGCAGGAUGAAUCGGCGUGUUAAGCUUUAACAGCUUCAGGCUUGAAAUAGUAGACCAAUAGAGUAUAGGCUGAGCUCCAUACAGAAUUUCAUAAGCUGUUUUAUAGCCUUGUAUUUCACACUUGUCAUAUUGUGGAGCUGUACAUGUGCCAAGUGCAGUAGAAUAGGUGGAGGAGAUUGUUAACAUCUAUGCUAGAAAUGAUGUAUUGUCUUUCUGUCCUCAGUGUGAACUCUUUGGAGGUGUUUUUUCAGGAGUUGACCCCUCUUGGUCAAACAUUUCGGGAUGUUGGGUGUGUUAAUAUGAAUUUAUCAUUAUUAACUAGGUCUCUGUGGAGGAUGUGAUGUUCCUCCCAUGUGCAAAUAAAGGUCUGUGGCCAGCCUCGUCUUUUCUUAAAUCAUGUGUGUUGAUUAAAAGUGAAUUUUUCUGACUCUGACCACAGUUGCCAUCCACUAUUUAAACCCAGCUCAUGACAAAUACACAAUUGAACUGCCGUGUGUGUUAGUCAUUACCCAAGCAGUGUGUCAUCAGGAAGCGAGACGCCCCACACGUGCCGUCAGCCGCCACACCGGUUAAAUGUCGGCUUCAGACAGGUGCUGAAAAUUCAUCAGGGCUCGCUGUGAACCAAUAACAACAUCUGCUGUGACAGAGCACACCCCUCAUUGGCUAUGUGAGGCUUGUCUCUGAAGCGCGUUCUGCCCAGCAACGGGUCUGGUGUCCUGGCUUGUUUUAUAGACCUGUCUCCUCUGGGAGCUGGAGAGCGGCUGUAGUGUGACUGGGCUGUCAGAGCAAUAUAAGGGACCAGCAUAUAUAAAUGUGAGUGUGUGUGUGUGCAUACUCAAGGGAUGCUCUGUGAGUGUGUGCAUGAUUGUGUGUGUGAAACUCCGUGCAUUAAGUGUCCUUAAAAGUCCUCAGUCCUUAUUGAAUCUUGUUUUGAAACUCCUGUUUUUAAACAGAUUUAGUUGAAGCCUGUGAGAACGUUGCUCAACAUUUCUGUGUGUGUGUAUGCGUGUGUGUGCUGCUGUCUCAGACUUGCUGACUGUGUGGAGCUCACUGAUCCCCGCUAAGCUGCCGCUGAAAAGCCGGGCCGGCUGAUGGCUGGUCUGCUGGCCGGGUGUCUGACUGACCGGCCAGCUAGCUGCUGCUGAAUCUAGCUGGCUGAAUUUGGCAGGAUACAAGUUUGUCUUCAAGGGGAUUUUCUCUAAUGGGGUGUACAUGAGAUAAGCGGCCAUUCUGCAGGGUUUGAUCAGUCACAGGCCAGCAAAGGUUGCAGCAUCACAGCGACCUCAAAGCUGACCACAGUCUGGCCAGAGAUGCUGCUCAGCUGUGCUGUAAACCCGGUAGUCACUUGAUGAUUUGUACCGUCUGUUGUUGCACAAUGUGAUGAUAGCUGCUGUAACAUUAGAUCACUCCAGAGGAUAUGAUGUGCUCUAUCACCCCAGCUCGGUCAUGUCACUGUUACUGUGUCCAUUUGUGUGACUUUUUAUCAGUAGAAUCGGACUCCUGUGGGUUUUAUUGAUCAGUCCACCAGACUUGAAUGUGAUGCAGUAUCUCAGCUGAUCCCCAAAAUGUACUCUUUUCAGUAAAUUACUCAUCUUUGAAGCCAGUAACAGUUCUUCCUCUCAAAGCCUCCAAAAGUGUUUGCAUGUAGCAACAAAGUCAAGAAGUCUUACAAAGCUUCUUUUUAUUUCACUCAGACAGGGAAGUCAGGCUGUGCGGCAGAAGUAAAAGUUGGCCUCUCACUGCAGGGAGUUAGGAUCUGGUUAUUUGUAGUGUUACCAGUGGUAUGGCAGUGCACCUCAAUGAUGAAACUUGAAGGGAUUAAUGUCUUUGUUAGCAUCCAGCAGGCAGUUGUCAUGGAAAUAAAUGGAAAUAGUCUUCAGAGUUGUUAAAGGGAUAUUCCGCCGUAAAUCUAAGUUAUGGUCAAACACACCUUAAUACCCCCUUGAGAGAUGAAUUUUGCCGACUGCUCACUUCCUUAGUUAUACCAACCUCAGCAACGACCACACGAUAGCAAUACACAGCGGUCGACGUCUCCACAUGCAAACCUCAACCAAGAAAACACUCUAUAGCCACAAAUAAUGCUCGGAACAGCACCUAACUUCAUCAACAGUACAUAUAGGGUCCCAGCCCUGAUUAGUCGAUCACCAAGUGCAGCGGAUCAUUUCCACGAAUAAUCAUCAUAAUAAUCAUUUUGCACGACAGACACGGUAGUUAUUUUGCCUUAGCGUCUCGGUCUGAUUGCAUUUCCAUGAAGUAAUUAUCAUACAAUGUUCUUCCUUGAGCUGUGAAACUCCGCUGCACUCGGUGAUCGUCUCAUCAGGGCUUCCCCACAAACAAGCGGCUGCUGGAGGAGAGUGGGUGAGUUGUGUUCAGUCUCUCUGGUAAAGAAACCAGGCAAAGCUAAAAAGAUGUUUGGUGGCUAUUGCUAUGACAGGGACCCUAUAUGUACUGUUGAUGAAGUUAGGUGCUGUUCUGAGCAUUAUUUAUGACUAGUGGCUUUUUGGUUAAAGUUUGUGUGUGGAGCCAUAGACCGCUGUGAAUUGCUAUCAUGCGAUCGUUACUUAAGUUGGUAUAACUAGAGAAGCAAGCGGUCGGCAACAUUCAAUUCUUGGGGGGGUGUCUAACUCAGUGUUAUGGUGUGUUUGACCAUAACUUAAUUUUACGCCGGAAUAUCCCUUUAAGUGUUCCCUAUAGAAAGUCUUUGUGCCACCCCACGACCACUAAAGAUGCAAAUUUACUGAGUUAAUUUGGGGAUGACGCAUAUUGAAACGACAUUUUAAUCUUUAACAUGCAGAACUUUAUCGCCCAUAAUAGGGGUAAGAUGAAGGUUUUCUAUCAAUAAUUGAUGGAUGAAGAAGUUAAUCUGGGAUAAGUAAAAGAGUAUAGGAAGACGAAGUGAAGUGGUAGACGACUAAUAGCCCUCAAACUGUGACCUUCCUUCAGGAGACAGUCUCAGGCUCCCCCCUCCGAUUCUCACCUCGAGUCAUUUAAUGAGGUUUGAAUAAGGAUUGCAUAAACCAAAAAGGAUGGAUCACAGCCUGCAUCACACAGAGCAAAGAGAGGUCGAUGAGUCUGAGUGUUUGAUAAUUUUAGUAGGCUCCAGUCAGAUGAUGUUGUCUUUUUGACAUUCAUGGUGCUUAAUAACCUCCUCUCUGUUACCACUGUGUAAUUUGCAUUUGCCUCUCUUGGAAAGCUUGAAGGCGUCUGGAAAGCUGAAAGAGAGUCUGGAUUAAUUAAAGUGAACGCUUUCUCAACACCAAGCUACAGUAUUAGAAGAAAGAAAGCAGCCUAAAAGGGAUUACCUUUAAGCUUUCAGAUACUUGAUCAGGCGAUGCUUUGACAUGGAGCGUUUCCCUGCACAUGGUGUAGAAUAUAUGAACUAAUAUCUCGGUUUUCAACAAAUGUAUUUGUGUUUAAGAAAAAUCUAACUUCUAAAAACUAAACUGUCCUGUCCUGGUUUAAUCUUGUCCACCCACAGGUGUAGAUCCAUCUUUGCAAAUUGACAACAGGAUCCAGUCCUCCUCCCAAGCAGUUCUCCCAGGUUCCAAACACAACAAAUCUCGAGCGGCCAACACUCGGGAUGAACGCUUCAGAUCUGGUAAACGUGUGUCCAUGCUGCCUGAGAGUUUCACAGCCCAGUACUCUUCUUUUAUUGUUUUGAUUAACUGUUCAUGUCUUUUCUCUUAGAUUUGCACACAGAAGCCGUCCAAGCUGCUCUGGCGAAGUACAAAGAGAGGAAGAUGCCAAUGCCCUCCAAGAGACGAUCUGUGUUAGUUCAGUCUUCUGUAGAGGCAUGCACCCCGCCAGGUAAGACCCCUUUACCCAUAAACCAACUGUUCACCAAGGACAGAGUUUGCUGGGUUUAUGUUGUAAACACGUGUUCUCAUGAGUAUCUGAGCGUUGGUUGUGUUCAGUGAUUGAAGGUGAUGUCGUUGUCACUGGAAAGAAAUGUGAAAUUCGAUGAAUGUGGCCAUUCUUUCCACUAUAAAGGAGUCUUUUCUCACUGAUGUGUUCCCAGGCAGACCUUCCCACAUGAGUUGCAUAAUAGAAGCAUAAUCAGAUUUUUAACAUAGUGUUAAAAGUUUGACCUUUUGCUUGCUUUUGUAGAAGUUUGUGUUGUGUGGGCCGGUUCAUUUGACAAGUUUUCUUCUGCAGCUUCUUUCAGUGAAAGAAUAAUUGUCAAACAAACCUUUUGUGUUUUAUUUUUCUUCAAAUAUUUUUUUGAAUCUGUUUCUUCCAGUCUUUGAGAUAUUAGUGGGAUUGAAUGACAGAAAACUUGCAAGUCCCUCAAGCACUGCAGUGGCUUUUUCAGUGCAUAAGUUAAUUGGUGGGGGGCCUUAGAGCCUCAUGUUCUGGGUAAAGCGAGAGUACACAGCGGUGGACCAAGUAACCGGAUUAAGAGCUCAGACAUUGGAGUUUGGACAUGAGAAGGAGGGGCUGUCGUCAUGGUUGUUUUUAGUCAUUCUCAGCAAUCUACUGUAAUCUAUUGAGGGAAAGUACACCAGAAUGACCGGCAUACCCACAAAAUCACACAUUUCGCAUUUGAUACAACUGACUCUACAACUAUUUUUCAAGCAAACAGAUGCUGAGAUCACAUGAUCGAAGGUUAAUCUGAGAUACUGAGACAAUAAGUUGAGUUUUUGUAUGAGCAGGCCACGAUUUUGUGUUUAUAUACACAUUCACAUGAAUUAACACUUUAAUUUUCUGUCCCUUAUUUUGCUGAUCUUGUCACUCUAUGUGUCAGAUUUCACCAUGUGUAGAAUUUGUAGUCGUGCCCACAACUAUGUUAAGAAUGCCAUCCUAAAAUGAUAUACCAAUUUAAUGUAAUUUAACUGAGAGAAAAUACUUAUUUUAAACAACAUAAAGUAAAUGUAGCUAAUGAAAAGGCAGUAGUUCAUGAGAUUCUUGCAAACAUCUUUAUAAGUUAACAAUAAUAGGGAUCUUAUAUUUAUAAUGUGGAGGUAACAGAUAUAAAUACAGAUGCACAACAGUAUGACCACUGACAGGUGACGGGAGUAGCAGUGAUUUCCCUGCUGCAGUUGCACCUGUCUCAGUUGAUGUGCUCUGAAAGUAGAAAACUGGGGAAGUGAAAGAAUGUAAACGACCUUGACUGGAGCAAAACUGUAAUUACUGGAUGACUGAGCUGGAGCAUCUCCUUAACUGCAGCUGGGCUUUGGGGUGAUCGGUACCUUCAAAAAAUAGGAAUCAGCAACAGGGUCCUGGACAGCCAAGUCUUGCUGAUAAACACUGGAGUGUUUGUUCUGAUCCAUCUGUCAAUGUAAAUGUAGGUGCUUAUGACGGAAAGGUGUCAGCAAAGUGGGGCACUAUACUUGGUUGUGUGGUGUCCAUUUUGAUCCCUCUCCAGGUCCUUACACACCAGGGCCGACGCAAAUGUAGAACGCGAGAUUACGAAAUAUUUGGGGAGAAUUUUGAUGCGCCUGACAAUACACAUCAAGCCCAUUGCGAUUUUAAGACUUUCCGGGGGGAAAAAGACGUGUGAAAGCGAGAAGACUGACACAACAGCAGACUGACUGUUUUUUCAGUUCUGAUUAGACUCUAGUGUUGAGAUGUCUGUCUGUCAUGAUAGCAUGUACUGAGUCAGGGCCAGUACCAGAUAAGCACGUUAAACUAUAAUCCAUAAACGUAAGGUAACAACCGAGACCUAAUGGUGCUGUGACAGCAACGCGAUUGAGUUUGAGACUGUGAAAAUACAUAUGGUAUGUUGUAUCUGAACAGGUUAGCUUACAAGCUAAAGUUACUUAGCACAGAUGAAAGUUAAAACAAAGACGUUUAGCAAACUGUUAAAGCACACAAACCAUCGUCUUAUAUGAGAGAUCCGACUCUAUGACUCUCCACAAGUUGUCCUUCAGGUCUUUAUCUUUGUAAUAUUUGUGUCUUUUAUCAAAAAGCACUCUGUUCUCCGACAUGUAAACAAUCAGGCGGUCAGCCAUGUUGGAUAUACCGGUGAAUCUGACGUCACAAAAACACGAAAUCUGACUGGUCAGAAGUGAAGACACAGUAUGCAAAACUUUAGAAAAAUCUACCGUGAUCCGAAAGAAUAAAUUCCACAAUAUUGCAGGACGGGAAAACUUCGCUGAUGUGAACGCUUGUAUUGACAGGAUACGGGUACAAAAAAAAAUAUUGACAUCCAAAAUAAUCGCACAAAAAAAAAAAGUCCCAGUGUGAAAGGACCUUUAAACCCCAGAAAACACCGACAAAGGACAUGUGAGAACCAGAACUGGACUGCAAUUGCAGAAGGUGAAAUGGAGGAACAGAAAGACGAGAUCAGGGCGUUGACUUGGUCUUCAAUCCACUGAAGUGUCUAUUUGACGUACUGGAUAGCCAAUAGGAGUGGAUUGAUUUGUUGCAAAAACAAGUAAUUGAAAACCAGUUUAAGGUCACAGUAAGUUUCAGAAAUACAUUUGCUGUUUGGUGCAUUAGAAAAUUGAAGUAUCUGCAUCAGAUAUGGUCUCUCUUUUUUCCUCUUUCUCCACCUAUCUCUACAUCCUUAAUCACUUUCCCUGACUCACUUUCUUCCAUGUUUUCAUGUUUUUAUUUCCUGUUUAUCUGUGACUAAUACUUCUUACUCUAUUUCAGUUUCUUUCCCAGUAUAUCCGCCUCCUUGUUUCUGCUUUGCAUUUGUUCUCUGACCCCCUUCCAUCUUCUUCUUCUUCUUCUUCUUUUUCUUCUUCUUCUUCUGUGCAUGUGUGUCAAGGUUACCAAGAUAGUUGGGAGAGAUUGUAAAGAGGCAGUGGAAUAACAAACAGAAUCAUAAAUGCGAGAUAGCCCCCAUGAGUCGGUUGCUUGUAGAGACAUUAAAUUUGAGGUUGUUAUGAUCAAACCUCCUCCUGCCUCCCUCUGGCAGCCUCUGCAAGGCCACUAGAAAAGCUUGUGGAAAGUAACAGAUAUUUUAGUAUUUUCUUCACUGGUGGCUGAACUUGUGGCUACGUAAUGAGUGAUUAGACCUUGAUGUAUCACAUGAAGGCUCAUUAGUGUCGAUGAUAUCAUGCUGAUCACACACACAUAGGCUUCAUCUGUUUCUAAAUGUCUCACUCCUGUCCACACAGAAUAGAUUUUCCAUUUUAUGAGGGCUUUAUUUGAAGGAUUGCUUGAUUUCAUUUCAAUGAUUCAAGACAUGUGAGCGAGUUCUGUGGUUUUACUUGGCGAGAGCAUGGAGUGCCGUGUGCUUCAUCAGUGACAGAUAAUUGGAAAGAGUUUUGGUGUUCUUAGUGGAUUUGAAAACACUUCUUUUUAACUUAUUAUUUUGUGUCAAGCAGAUGAUGUCUUGGCUUGUUCGGUUCUUUUAUUGCAGCCAUUGCACAGCAGACUACAGAGCUCAGACUGGCCCGCUUUGGUUUAACUUCAGUGAUUUGGCUGAAAAAAAAAACAAAUAUUUUGUUGGAGCUCAGUCGAUGAGGUUGAAAGUGCUCGUUUUGAGCGGUUCUAACCUUGUUUGAAGUUGUUCCCGUUUGGUCUAUUUUUGCUCAGACCAACUGCUCGCUGAUGCCUCCAGGGAGAGAUGCACAAUCAUCAGUGACUGGGUUUGAGUCCAAGCCAUUAUACCAUAGCAUGCUGUGCUAUUAAUACAGAAAUAUGAUUUUAAGGCAAAAUCAGAUUUGUUAUAUCUGUUCCACUUUGUGUUGUAUUUUCUGCUACUAUUGUAAUGAUUUGAAUGUUUUUGCUCUCUCUCUUUAACCCACCACCUUAAAGCAGUAUUUAAAGGGAUAUUCUGGUGUAAAUUUAAGUAAUGGUCAAACACACCGCAACACCGAGUUAGAUACCCCCUCGAGAGAUGAAUGUUGCUGACUGCUUGCUUCUCUAGUUACACCAACUUUAGUAAUGACCGCACGAUAGCAAUACACAGCGGUCUAUGUCUCCACGGGCAAACCUCAACCACUCACUCUAUAGCUACAAAUAAUGCUCAGAACAGCACCUAACUUCAUCAACAGUACAUAGAGGGUCCCAGCCACAGCACUAGCCACCAAACAUCUUUUUUAACUCAGUCGUUACUAAAGUUGGUAUAACUGAAGAAGCAAGCAGUCUGUACCAUUCAUCUCUCGAGGGGGUGUCUAACUCAGUGUUACAGUGUGUUUGACCAUAACUUAAAUUUACGCCGGAAUAUCCCUAUAAAAUACUAGUCGGAUUAUGCUGACAUGAAGAAACUGAAAUCUGUAAUAUUUUUAAUUCGAUAAAAUAAAAAUCAAUUAGUUGUCAUGGUUGCCAAGCUUUUUAGAAAUAAUCAUAAUAUAAACAUUGUGUAAAUCUUCAUAAGGAAACAACCCUCUGUAGAUCUGCCUCUUUCUCUGUAUUCAUUUAAGCUCAUAGCCUAGUUUUUAGUACAGAAACACAAACUAACUCCCGUUUUCUCACAGCAUGUGAUUUGUAUUCUUCAAAUAAGAAACACUCUGUUGUCUGCUCUCAAAGUCUGUCACACUUAAUCAUUCAGCACAAUCAGGGUUUUAAUGUGCCUGUGUGUUAGUGUGGCUCCUUUCAGAGGCAAUCAAUAUUAAAUAUACACAGGACAAGCAAAGUCAGAAAACAUGUCAUCUAAGCACCCCAGUUUCAUCUCCAUCAAAAUCAUGACCAUCCCACUAUCUUAUAUGUACUCUCCGCAGUAUGUAUGACUUAAGUAUUGCAUCAUCAGCAUAUGCGGUAAAUCCCGCUGUCUUCCCAUUCCCGGUUUUACUUCCUUGGCCAUUUUCUUAAAGACAUGAUAGACCUCCCCCGUUUCUGUUCACUUUUGUGACGCUGCCCCUUCUUGACCUGUCAAACACAGACACCUCCUCAGCGUCAGAAGACGAGGGCUCGCUGCGCCGGCAGGGACGUCUGGCCACCUCCACACCCUACCAGGGCCACGGCCACCCAGCCGUUGAGCACUGGUUUAACCGUGUCAUCCAGGGUUCGUCCACCUCAUCCUCCGCGUCAUCCACCUCAUCCCACCCGGGAGGGAGAUCUGUCACCACCACCACCAACACCACCACUGCCCACGCAGCCCUCAACGCCAACGCCGCAGCUACCGCACUGGCGGACCUUAUGGCACACACCCAGCUAGGUCAGUGACACACCUGCAGUAUUACACUUCAUCAUAUACCAGUUAGCAGAUCUGUGACAAUCCUGUCCCCUUUCAUAGACAAAGUACUUUUACUCAUAGCUAAUCAAGCUCAUUUGCUUCCCCAAGAUAAUCAGGGAAAGCCAAAUAUGUAUCCUGGUUGUUUUCAGCCAGCAUUGGAUUUUGUAAAGCAAGGUAGCCAUGUUGGAUGCUAUAGUGUAUUUUCUGGAUGUAGCGCUCUCAGUAUCCUUCUGUGCAGGUGCAAGAAUCCUGAUUUGAGUUUCUGAGGUGACAAGGAUGGUAAAAUUAGAUUCACUGUCUUACAUUUGCCGACAUCAGCAGAAGCUUUGUGCAUUCAGUUACUGUCACACGGGACUUUCUAAUCUGUGUCAUGUUGCUCAGACUGAUUUUCUACAACAAUCAUAUCGAUCGCAGACAGACAGACAUCAUGUCUUACACAUUUGUUACAGUUGAGGCCUUAUCUCCCCCAAUACCUCAAAAGCUCUCAAAGUAAUAAGACAAGUGGAACCAGCAAUGGACUUCUUAAUUAUGUGUCUUUAAUUAGUUGUCUCUGUCUACCAUCUAACUGUCAUUCAGUCAUGUGAAAGGCUUCACAGCCACUUCCCCAUCAAAACACCACAUUCCAUGUUACCAUCAAGUGUCACUAGUGUCGCUAUUUAAUGAGAUUGAGUGGAUUUAUCUCUGCAGCAGCACAGUGAGACGUGUCUUGCUUGUGUGCAUGUGUGUGUGUGUGUGUGUUCUCGUGUCUGUAUGUGCUGCCAGCAGAACGAUAUCCUAUUAGGAUGGAGCUGUCUGAUUUCUAACCAGCCUGCCUCCCCUCAAGGUUGCUGUCAUAAAGUAGCGACAGUGACUGGAGCUGAAUGGAGCUGUAAAUAAAUGCCUCAUAUUUUCCUGUGUCUUGGCCUCUUCCACUUUGAUUCUGCCGGUCGUUUACUUCAGUAGAGAACGGCUGGUCGGCCAUCACCCAUGAGCACCAUUUAAUGGUUAUGUAGAAGGUAAAAUAAAUGGAUACGUUUAAGUAGUUAAGGAGGAAAAACUCAUCUCACAUGCUGCAGUUUUCUAUAAAGAUUUACAGCAAAGUCUCAGUGGCAUUAUCUUUCAAAUGAAGAAUUUAUGGUAGAUGAGGAAGAAGAACUUUAUUGAUCCCUGAAGGGAAAUUCUGUUCUAAUCAAAUGACAAAGCUUUCUCAAACUGGCCAGACAACAGCCAAGCAGCUUUUUCUGUCAGUUUGAAGCACACACUCGUGGUUUUGGAGAGCUCAGUGACUUCUGUGUCGAUGUUCAUUCUGUUUUUUUUUUUGCUGUUCUUCCUCUAGUCUGCUAAUGGGGUGCACACAGCACAGCAGGAGCUGCCAGUCAACUUUUUAAACCCAAUUCUGGCACGAAAGAAAUAAUCAAAACUGAACUGUUCAGAAAAAGAGAACAUUCAGGCAUAAAUCAGCAAUGAGAAUGAUUUAUGAUGACAGAAACUGUGCAUAAGAAAAAAUAAUUUGACUUGUACCUUUAUUGAAUGGUUUGAGCCAUGUUUUACCUGUUCACAUGGAAGAGACAGGAGGUGAGCUCUGGAUAUGUAGACUUUUCUUACAGUCUAUGUGUUGUUAUUGGUCUCACUGAUUUGGUUCCCUUAAAGUAUCAUUUGUAAAGUUGGUAAGUGUUCAGGCGUUUCCAUCGAGGAGACUGACUGUCUCUUAAAAUGUUCAAGUUAGAUUAAACAAAAGGUUUCACUUGAAGGGGUCAGCAGAAAACAGGCUAAAAUUGAAGCUUUUGCUGCGCCUUUAACCAUACUAUACAGACAUUGUGUUCUGUGUGACGCAUGAUGAGGACAAUAUAUCUGCUUCCACAAAGACAUUAAUUCAUUCAUUAUAGUGGCAGGCAGUUGAAACAGUGGAAAAAUAACGUGAAACCCUUGUUUAGAUACACCGUUUUGCAGGGAAAGAUUUUGCACUUUGCAAAGCCGCCCCAUCAGCGUUUUACAAAGUAGACUUUCACUGAGCCAAAGAGAAGGCCUUCUAUUGACCUUGUAACCCCCCUGACACCCCACUCAUCACAGAUAACCACUCAGCACCCCCCGAUGUGACGGGGCUGUCGGAGCGCUCCUCGCUUCAUGCGGAGCGGCCCCAGGUGGCCUCAGUGCGAGGCGUUUCCCGCGGCUACAACCAACACACCAGCGUCAUGGAGACUGCAGAUGGUGAGUUUCCUAUGUGUGUGUGAGCUCCGUCUCGUGCACACAUACACACACUCAUGCACGCACAUACAAACAUACAUGCAUAAACUCAGUCACCUCCCUUUCCCUGUCUCCCCUGCUGUCUGUCCCUCUGUCUUCUUCUUUAGUCAGCCUCAGACUGGCACAAGCUGCUGACCAACCCUCCUGUGUUGCCAUAGUAACACUGAACCUUUCCAAAACCCCCCUAAGACAAGACUUGUCUACCUCGAUGCUAAACAUGUCAUUUACAGUGAUAAAAACACACAAUCGAUAAUGAGGAAUCCUGUUUCUUUUUGAGUGGAAAAAGGUGAAAAAACUCAUCAAGGCAGAGCAGGAAACCUUGUUAUUUGAGGUGAUUCUUGUGCUCAUUUCUUCUCAUGUUGUUUGUGAAACAGUGCAUAAAAUGAACAGCCCCCAAACAUCAUUCAUCAUUCACGCUACCUCGUCAACUAUGCAGCUGGUAUUGGGAUUUAGACGCUAUACGCAGUGUAGCAGUGGAUGACCUGUGAGAUCAGCUGCAGAGGAUGUGUCAUUAAAGUGUAUGAAGUAUCAGUUUAAGUUUAACUUUCCCUAAAUCAUCUGACAUUUCAGUAGAAAAACUCAAAAUUGUUUCAGAAGUUAUUUUACAGUGUUUGCAUCGAGGCUGUUUUCUUGAAAGAGUUUCCACCCGUGACAAGUGGGUCGAGCUGUCUGUGAAGGAAGUGCCAAUGUGUUUCUGCCACCCCUCCUUCUUCAUUCAUUUUAACAUCAGAGCAGCGACACUGCUUUGAAUCAGUGUCCAAUGUGUUAAUAAACAAGCAGCCAGAAAAACUAGAACACAGAAGAGCUAUUUUCUCCCUGCCAUCCACCCUCUGUUAGUGAGAAGGUGUUUGUUUUGGGGGUUUGAAUGCUCAUGGAUGCUGAUCAAUGCUGCUCAUGCUGAUACAAAGACAAAGAGGAUGGGUUGGACCUAUGGAUUUAUAAAAAGAGGUGUAAUCAGUCUUAUUUUUGUCCCUUUUGUUUGGCUGCUUGUUGUUCAAGAUGUUUUAAACCCACACUCCUUAUGCAAGUCUCACCAAGUGAGUCAUUAAAAAGACGACAAAAAGAACAAAACAGAAGACUGUACUCAUCAUCAUCUUCAUCAGGGUAUAACAACUACAAAAGUGUGUGUCUGAGUGCUUUGUAUACCUUUCUCUCACCAGUGUGUAUCUGCUGAUGAACUCCUCUAGUUCACACAUUCACAAAGUUAGCUGGACUUGUUCAUUGACAUCCCAAUGUGUCUUUCCUCCAGGCUGUGAGUGGAGAAGUGAAGGAUCCCUCAGUUUAAUGGAUGGUAUUUAUAACCGUUCCUCCAGCUCUAUGGCAGUCUGCUUUAUGUGCACUCUGCUGCGUGUGCGUUUAUGUCUGUGUGUCUUAGCAGCUUGAGCAUUCGCACUAUCUCCAAGCUGCGGUGAAAGUAAAUGCUUCUAGGUUUGAUGACACUGGACAGACAUGGUGUGUAAAUCUCUUGUCCAUUAGAAUGUAGCUGUUGUGAAUUAUUAGUCUGUUAACACUCUGGUUUCUGUCCUCACACUGAGAUAUGAAGACGGUUCAGUUUAUGUUUCCCGCUGUAUUGUGUAACACAAGCUUGUUAGCCUGUAGCCACACUGUGGGCUCAGCUGUUAGUAUCACCAUUUUGAUAACAGCUCACACUAGAAAUCAUUCAACACAGUGACCUGGUUUUUUCAUUUGUACUCUGAUACUGGUGCUGUAUGGUUCGGUUUCUUGACCUGGUAUACUAUUGUCAGUGAAUCUUGUACCAGACAUAAGAACAAUAACAUGUUAAUGUUACUAUUCCUGAUAUUGUUUAUUCUCCUGUGCUGUAAAUCACCAUUAUUGUAAAACAAGACAGAAAGAUUAUUAAAAAUAGACAUACAGUUAAUUAGUUUUGCGGUAAACUUGAAGUAAAAUCAACAGACAUACCCUUACUAAAAAGAAGUUUGUUUAAGUGUACCUCAAGUAUACUGUUUUUUUUUAACUAAAUAUGCUUUCAGUUUACUUUUUGUGGACUUUUCAGACAUAUACUGAACAAAGUUAAGUAUAUAACUUAAGUAUACUUAGCUUGUAUUCAAGAAUUAUACUAAAAGUCUAAAUAUAUUUAACCUAUACUUAUACAUACGUUUUUGAUUAAAAUAUACUUGUGUAUUUGUGUCUUGGGUUUAAGUGUACUUGGUCAACAAAUACUUUCAUAUUUCUUUUUAGGAGUAUAUUUUUAUAGAAUAUACUCUUGAAAAGAUAAGCAGUACAAGCUAAGUAUACAAAUAUGCACUACUAAUUAAAUGAUAGCACACCAAAAGGUAAUUGUGAUUAUGCUUCACAGUCGGCGCGCACCUGUGACCACAGCGGGGACCACAGUCCCCAGCAUGAGGUGCACCUCUCAUGUUUGGCACUGUGGUACCCGCUGUGGUCACGGGUUCCAUUCCCGUCCUGACCAUGUGCUGCAUUGCCCCCCCCACCACCAUGUCCCACAUUGCCACUCUGUUCUACCCAUUGAAGCACCCCACACACACACACACAAAAAAAAAAUAAUGAUAAUAAUAAUAAGUCAACAAAUGAAAGUGUGCUUCAGAGUGUACUUUUUUAAACUAAAAGGUGGACUAAAAGUCAAUUACUAGUAAACUUAUAGUAUACAAAGAACUGAACUUUUAUGCUUAUUAACUAAAAAUGUUCCAAUUUAGUCCAAAGAAAUAUUAAAUUAGUAUACUUUGUAGUAUACUAAAAGUACAUGGUCGGUAGUAUAGUUGAUAUACUUAUGCUCAAGCAUACUUAAUAAAAUGAACUUUAAGUAUACUACUUUUUGCUAAGGGUAUUCCUGGUGCUGGGAGUACCAGGGAAGCAAUAGUGUCCUAAUCCACUGCUAAAAAUAGACCCUAAUGCAAAACAAAUGCAACAUUUAGUUAACAAUACAAUGCCUAAACAUACUAAAAAACCCAACCAUGUGUGUUGAGCAGUAUGCAAAGAUUUCUUCAUGUUUAGAAAAAUCAAACUGAGCUUGAGUCUAAGAACUAAAGUAAGUUUAGAGAUAUGACAAAGUAAGCGAGUAACUUUCAUGUAGUUAGUUGUUCUGUCUGUAGGAUUUGUUUGAUAAGAAACAUGGUGUGAGGCCAGUAUUGUCGUAGUUUGUGCUUUAAUUCUGUCAUGGUGUUACGAUAGAGAGGAGGGAUGUUUUUAGGUUGAAAUUAAACAACAGACAGUGUUCAACGCAGUAUUUCUGUGCUAUAGGUGGAUAAUGAUGAAGUUAGAUAUAGUCGUCAUCAUCAUCACAGGCAGGUCCUGGUUGGAUGUGAUACUAAUGCUCAGGGCGUUGAGUGGGUGGGGUUCAGGGUCCUCAGAUGUUGUCCUGUGUGUCCAGGGCUUUCUAAUUGGCCCAUCAGGUGCAGCACUGACCCCCACCUCUCUGCUCCAGCUACAUCUGUCCCGACACAUGGAGGCAGUGUCUGUCUGAGCCAGGCUUAUUAUAGUAAGAUAGAUCAGGCGAGCUGUGUGCAGCUGUGGCCUUCGUCUCAUGUGGCGCAGACCACUCCUCCCAAAUUAAGUAAGAAAUCAUUCAGAGGGAGAAAUGUCUAGUGAUAAACACAUACAUGUCAAAAAUCUGACUUUGUCUCUCCAUCUGAUUGUGGUUGAGUUGUUUCUCUCCCUUUUCUAAAAUUUCUAUAUUAAGAAGGUUCAUGUCUCUGCGGUGGUGCUGUUUGAGUAAUUUUUCCUUUUCUGGUUCAGCAUUUCAAUGCGCAUUAAUGAUAAAUGUGCAUUUAGACUUGAUUUGGCUCCAGUUGAUUUUAGCCUCCCAUCAUGAUGAAUUUUGCAGAGCUCAUUUAAAACAGAAACCUUUCCUAUGAAUCACUUUAUGUAGAGAGGACACCUUUGUUGCUAGGCAGCAGGCAAGGAGGCUCCUGACUUUCUGGUUUCUUCUACCUGUGUGGUUUUAUUAGAGACAGUGUCUUGGUGGAAAGACUGUGAUCGGUACACCUCCAGGUGAGUGUAGAAGACCUCGAGCUCCACCGUUUUGUUGUGUCACCGCAAUGUGAGUGUCAGCUGGUUGUUACUUUGUCUCAUUAGAGCCGCACAGUGACCUCUUCUCUUCUCUUAUCUGUUCACUCUCAUCCAUUACUUUCUCCUUACUUUAUCAAUUUCUCUGCAUUUAUCUUCUUCAACUCCAACCCACACAUUCUCCCUUUGCCAUGUCCGCUUUUCUACAUAUUCUUGUCUCGCCAUGUUUAUUUCCCUCGCCGCUCUACUUUUCAUCCCCUUCGAUCUCAUUGUGUAGGUGUUCCAGUCAACAGCCGCGUCUCCUCCAAAAUCCAGCAGCUGCUCAACACUCUAAAGAGACCCAAGCGACCGCCGCUGCGAGAGUUCUUUGUCGACGACUUUGAGGAGCUUUUGGGAGGUAAGCCAGCCUAGAGGGGGUGACAUUGCCUCACUUAAAUCAAUAAAUCAUGAAGAAAAAGAUUCCUGUUUCUGUGGCAUGAUCGGCAUACUGAUCAGAUCUGCAGCAGGAAGUUUCUCUGGACUUAGUUUCUUAGGCAACAGCUAACUUCAAUCCUCCAGCUCUUCCAGGAAAAUCACUCAUAAUUCACCAUUUUCAAUCCCUCUGUCACCGUGAAUAUUCAAAACUUCCUUGUUACAUUCAUGGACUUACCCGGUUUACCCCGAGGGUAAAGUUUGCUUUGUCCUCUAACUAGUUCUCUUGUGUAUCUAGUCCAGCAUCCAGAUCCUAACCAGCCAAAGCCAGAAGGUCAGCAGAUGAGUCCCCUUGAAGGAGAGCCUCUACAGGGUGGUAUAGAAACAUGGCUGAAAUACCUUGCACAGCAGUGGACCAGCCCUGUGUAACCAUUUCCUCCAUUCCAACCAGUCCAUGGUUGGUUUUGGGUGGUACUCUACCAGGCUGAGUAAACAUUGUGUAAAUGAACAAGCAGCAGGAAUAGUAACACAUCAGCAGGUAAGCAUAAAGCCUCCCUGACUCUGGCACAGAGAGUGUGGCAUGGCAAGCCUCGGUGUGAGCAGAAAAACACACAGAGCUGAAAAUGACAGCUGGCCGGACUGGACUGGAUCUAUUCCCGAGAUAGGGUGUUUUGAUUUUAAUCUUCUCCUAUGCCCCAGUUGUAAAGAUGUAGAUCACUCUUAACCACAGGGUUCAGGGGGAUGUGAAGGGAAAAUAGUGAUGGAGAGAUGAAAGUCAAACCAAAGAGCAAGUAGGGUGCUUGAAGGAAGAUGGAGUUUGAGGGUGAAGAAAGAAACGUGGCCUUUUCAGUGGGCUGCAGCAGGAAGUUUCUCUGGACUUAGUUUCUUAGGCAACAGCAUAACUUCAAUCCUCCAGCUCUUCCAGGAAAAUCACUCAUAAUUCACCAUUUUCAAUCCCUCUGUCACCGUGAAUAUUCAAAACUUCCUUGUUACAUUCAUGGACUUACCCGGUUUACCCCGAGGGUAAAGUUUGCUUUGUCCUCUAACUAGUUCUCUUGUGUAUCUAGUCCAGCAUCCAGAUCCUAACCAGCCAAAGCCAGAAGGUCAGCAGAUGAGUCCCCUUGAAGGAGAGCCUCUCAGGGUGGUCAACAAAUGGCCUCCCUCCUUACCAGCAGCCUUACAGCGAUGGGGAACCACUCAGCCCAAGAGCCGUGUCUGACCGCGCUGGACAAUUCUGGGAAGCCGGUUUACACACUCACUUACGGUGCGACAUGGCGCUCUUUGUCUUUUGUGUCUGUUGAAAAUUAAAGAUUACUGAUAGAGCCAUAAGAAAAUAUAGCUUUAUUUAUCUGAUCAUAUUGGAAUAUAUUUGUUAGGUUUUCAGUAGGUUCAAUUAUUGCAGCAGGAACCAUGUUUGAGGAAAAUUUUCAAUGAACAUUCGAUCAGUCCGGCCCUCGGCUUGUAGCUAAAUUUUUUAUUUGGCCCUCCGUCCAUUUGACUUUGACACCCCUGAUGUAGAUGGUGUCCCACUGCAGCCAGUCAGAGGAAGAAGAUAUAAAUGUUUUGGCUUCAUAUUUGGGGGACUGUUGUGCUGUCCAUCUUUGAUACACUACAGUCUAUGUUUGACUCCCUAUGUGUUCAAUUCUGUAGGUAAACUCUGGACCCGCAGUCAGAAACUGGCCUACACUCUUCUGAACAAGCUGAGCACCAGAAAUGAGCCUCUGCUCAUGCCUGGAGACAGAGUAAGUCAUGAGAUUUAACAGGGGUGGUCAGAUGUUACAUUCUUUGAUGCAUUAUCAGCGGACUGGAGCGUCUUAAAGGAUAUUCAGCACGUGCAAAAGUAGAAAAAAAGGCUUCAUUUUCUUAAACACCAGUAUCUGCACAUACUGUAUUAUCAGUGAAUGGAAGCUAAUGUUCAGAGUUAGAUCUUGAAAUGAUAGUUUCUGUACACCAUAUCCUUCAUUUUACUCUACCCUUUCUGACUACCAGAUCAUCUCAUAACCUGUGUGUGAUACCCCUGCAGGUUGCACUUGUUUUCCCCAACAAUGACCCGGUGAUGUUCAUGGUAGCGUUUUAUGGCUGUCUGCUGGCAGAGCUGGUACCUGUGCCUAUUGAAGUGCCGCUGACACGAAAGGUAAAAGAGAAAAACACUCUCCUGGGGACAUCAGGGCAUUUUUCACAUGUGCUAUAUAACUACUGAGGAGCAGUACUGACCCCUGCUGGACAGUUGACCCCCUGAUUGACAGAGAGGCUGGAAAGAGAGGCACAGUUGUUUUCAUGUCAGUUUAUUUAUGAUUGAGUCUGACCCCUGUAUAAUAUUCAGAGUGUUAUAGUUUCUAUCUAUCAGCUCAAAAUGAGCCACAUUCAUCCACAUUAGUCACACCGGCUGAAUCUUAAUGUCUGCUCUUGAUUGUGUCUUAUAAGCAUGCUGUUGGCAGAUGCUGUGCAGUAAUAAACGAGGUUUGAGCGAGGUGAAAUGAUCUGUAACUUCAGUCAAAAUAUUAGAUCACAGACCAGCUGACUCUGGAGUCACACAUUUUUCCUUUUUCUCUGAAUGUCUUUCCUCAUUUUCUUUGCAUGUCCCCCCUUUUUCUUUCUUUCCUUUUUUGCUCUAAACCCACCUAAUGUCUUUUCUCCACAUUAUAGUUGGCUCAUCAUGGGGCUGGUUUUUAAACUUAUUUGCACAGCCGAUCUUAAAUCAGUGUGAUGAAGCGCUUUGCAGCUCAGCAGUGGAGUUAUUUUGUACAAUGAUUGGCCGUCACUCUGCUUUCUCACCUGCUGCUGCUGCUCUGAUGUACAGUGCUUCAAGGUUUCUUCUUUUGUCGUCGCCCUUCUUUCUCUGUUUCUAUUCCCAUAUUCCCUCGGAACAUCUCCUCUCAAAGCUUGUAUGUCCUGAAGUUCUCGUUGUUUUUUAUAGAUCAUUGCUGCAUUCAUACUUUGCCAAACUUGAUUGUACGAACUUCAACGUUUUUUUAUCUCCCUUGGUUCACCAGGAUGCAGGAAGUCAACAGAUCGGCUUCCUGCUGGGCAGCUGUGGCGUCACGUUGGCACUGACCACCGACGCUUGUCAAAAAGGCUUGCCUAAAGCACAAACAGGGGAGGUGGCAACAUUCAAAGGUACAGCCUGGUUUGGUGUCUCAGUUUUGACUGUCUGUAUGGUUUGAGUAUGUUUGAACUAGGGCUGCUCGAUUAAUCAAUUUUAAGUCAGAUUUGAUUAUGAAGAUGUUAAAAAUUGUAAUCGUCAAAUCAAUUUUCCUCUCUAUCAUGUCUCGUGCCUCCAGGCCACCGUAGACUCCCCCUUCCUGUGGGAGUGCUCCCUAGUUCCCACACACACACCAGUGUAAACAAACAUGGCGUUUGCAAAAGAAGGCGAUAAUUUCGUGGCUAAAUAGGGCAAGAGCAAGUCAGUCGUGUGGAAUUGGUACGGCUUCGCAGUUUCAGAUGAAGAGCGAACCACUUCCUGCUGUUAAGUCUGUCUGAAAGCGGUAUCAACCUGUGCACACGGAAACGAAUUCAGGAGUAAAUGCUUAAGUUUUUCGUCGUAUCGGCGUUUCAUCCACAUGGACAUGGCGUUGCGGGUGACUAUAAACUGUAAUUUUUGUUAAUGGGUCAGAGACUGCAUAAAUCUGUAAACGACUACCAUUUCAUCUCCGUGUGGAUGUCUAUCUGCAUCUCUUGAAACGAUUAUGUGACACAUAGCGCAACUCUUUCAUGGCGCCUGCGUGUGUCCGACCAAAACAGCCUUUAUACGCAUGCACUGUACUCUUCUUCUGUCUUUUGUGCAUUUCCUCGGCAGCGUUACAGCACCACUUACUGGCUUGGCAUAUGCACAACAUCAUUGUUAGUGAUUUUGUUUCCAGAGAUGAUAGAAAAAUGUAUUAUCAACGUAUUAUAAGUGAAGUUUGGUGAAGUUGUCACUGAAUAAAAAAAUCGAAAUGGAAAUCGAGUUUUCAGAGAAAAAAAUCUGGAUUUUAUUUUUGGCCAGAAUCUUGCAGCCCUAUUGUGAACCAUCCUCCUGUCUCAUCUCUGCAGGCUGGCCUCGGUUACUGUGGUUUGUGACAGAUGGGAAACAUGUUGUGAAGCCUCCUAAAGACUGGUACCCUCCAAUACGAGAAGCCAGUAAUGAUAUAGCCUACAUAGAGGUAAGUGUAAACCCUCUGAAGUUACAAAACAGGAAGAAAAACUCUCAUUGUAUGGAAAAUUAAAUACUCAUGUUUCACUGGAUCCUUGUGUUAUUACUUUGAGGUGAUAUCGCUUAUUUAUAUUCAUGGUUUUUCGUCCCAAGUACAAAACCAGCAAGGAGGGGAGCACCAUGGGGAUCACAGUGUCGCAUACAGCCAUGCUGGCCCAUUGUCAUGCUCUCACACAGGCCUGUGGCUACACUGAAGGUGAGGACAACUCCUUGUUUUUACUCAUUCUUGAUUUAGCUGUGUGCUCUCCUUCAUCACUUUCUCAUUUUCUAACAAAGAGAGAAGCAAAGUUUGUGAAAGGAGAGAGGAAAGAGGUACUAAAGCUGGCUUUCAAGAAAACAUACACGCUUGAGUAUGAGGAAAAAAAACUAAACCAAAAUGUAUGUUGUGUUUUUUCCUGUUUAUUCAGCAGGUUAGAUAGUGUAGUGCAAAUCCAUUUUUUUUUUUUUGCUAUACAAUAAGAAAGAUCCUCCCUGUGUCGCUCCCCUUAUUCCCAGAGUGUAAUUACAGUCUAGGAUGAUGAAUGCAGCAGCUCGGCUGGUUUGGUUUCUCUCCGUCAGACUUGGGUCAGGUCUACUUAAAAAGAAACAGAACAUAAGGCGGCUCCUCUACUCCGCUGUCCCACUUUUACUCUGAAUUAUUCUGCACCAACAGCCCCUUCAGACUCUCUAAAACCCCUAUGAUCGGAAUUUACUUAUUACAAGCCGUGUUUUGUGUUCAGACUAAUAGGAUGAUGUGUGAUUGCUCAAGUGAAAUUUUUCAGAUACAAUUACUCAAACCUUUUCUCUCACGCUAACCUUGACUAAAUCUCUGUUUUGAUUUGCAGCUGAGACCAUAACCAAUGUGUUGGACUUCAAGAGAGAAGCAGGAUUAUGGCAUGGCGUCCUGACUGUGAGUGGACUGACAACCAACAGUGAAGCUAAAAAGAGGGUUAUAUGAUAUUAAGUAAAGGAGCUUUAUGCUCACUUAGCUGUUGAACUGUCAGAUUUUCUGACUGACUUCUGACUUGAUCUGUAAUCAAACAUCCAAACUAACAAAGUCCUGAUGAGCAGAAAUAUCUUAUCAUAAUUUAACAGUAAAGCAGCAAUAUAUAAAAGUAUCCUGUUUACUCGCAGCACAUACAGAACCUGCUGCUGCACGUUAUAAUACCUUAAAUGAAAGCCCAGCAGAGGAAACAUACUUGAUUCCAAUGUUUCAAGUCCAGCUUGUUUGCGGUGACACCAGGUUAUCUUGAAAUGCAGUGGCGUGACAUAUUUUGAUGCUUGUCUCCGGUCUUCUUGACAGAGUGUCAUGAAUCGGAUGCACGUGAUCAGCAUUCCUUACUCUCUGAUGAAAGUCAACCCUCUGUCCUGGAUACAAAAGGUUCACACUUACAAAGGUAAAUCAGCCUGAACAAUCCACCGUUUUUACCAUUAAUCUGCUUCUUGCAUCACAGCCCUAAGAAGGAUCAAGUGCUUUGUUAUGAAACUGAAUUGGAUCCAAAUUUAAGGAGCCACACAUUUUGUUUCUACUUCAGAUUUAUUCUUAACUGUGCUAGUUGCUUGUAGCUGUGUUGAUUCUUGCUGCAGAUUUGACAGGGCUUGAUGUAUUGAAGCAAUCGUUUGUCACUCAGUGAUUUCUAAUUCAUCUAUAUUGGUCCUAUGGAGGUCGAGGGUAGCUAACCUGCUGCACUGAAUCAAAGUCAUGUCCUCCUGCUGAGUCACCUGUUGGCGGCUGAGUCAGAUCAUGCUGCUCUUUGCCGUCAGAUUUGGUGAUGUGUGAUUGACUGUCAGGUUGGAUGACAGAGGUGUCGAUUGAUUGUGAGUCUCUCUCUCUCUCUCUUUCUCUCUCUCUGUGUGUGCUCCCCUGUGCAGCACGGGUUGCGGUGGUGAAGUCAAGGGACAUGCACUGGUCCCUGCUGGCCCAGAGAGACCAGCGGGACAUCAGCCUGAGCUCGCUGCGCAUGCUCAUCGUAGCAGAUGGAGCAAACCCAUGUGAGUCCACCAGCAGGUUCUCAUUUCAUGAAAUAACCUCACAGACAGCCUGAGGUCUGACGAGAUAACCACUGAUUUGUUUUGUUUGUGUUCGCUUGCAUGUCAGUCUAACUGGCUUUGUUUGCGUGUAACGUGUGUGUAUGUGUGUGUUUUCACAGGGUCGAUAUCCUCCUGUGAUGCCUUCCUCAACGUGUUUCAGGCACGUGGGCUGCGACCCGAGGUGAUCUGCCCAUGUGCAAGCUCUUCAGAAGCCAUGACUGUCGCCAUCCGCAGGUGAGCGGCUGCAACUGCACUGCAAGAUCAAAACAAAUCACAUGCAACAUGAGCUGUAUCCUGCAGGAGGUGGCGGAGGAGGAAUGUUUGUUACCCAUAAACAGAGAGACAGACGGCAGCUUUCUGCUUAUCAUGAGGCUUAGUCCUGGGGAAGGAUUUGGAUGACAAACUGACAAAAACCGGCUUCAAAGUACAAACCAGUUCUAUUUUUAAACAGAAAUCCCUUUUUAUAACAAGUGUGUGUCUAGAAAUGUUGUAAUAGAUCUAAAGUAUCUCACAGCCUCUUUGUCUCCCUCUGAGAUGUCAGUGCUCGUGUAACUUAAGUCAUACCAUCAGGCACGGCAUGACUAAGUCUACCAUUUGAAAAAUACACUGUGCAUCUUUAGUGUGAGUCUGCAUUUGUUUACUGUGUUAAGUAAUAACAGGUAUAACUGUGGUAAUACUUGCAGGCCUCCAGAAAUGGGAGUUCCUCCACCAGGGAAGGCGGUGUUGUCUAUGGGUGGGCUGAGCCACAGUGUGAUCCGUGUCGACACAGAGGAGAAACUCUCAGUUCUGACGGUGCAGGACGUGGGACAGGUCAUGCCUGGAGGUACGGGACACUACAGUGUUUAAUAACAGCCUGAGAUGCAUUCAGAGCAUGAGACUGAGGUGAAAGAGUUUCAAGUUGAGAGGUUUUGAGAGGUCAUGAUGUAGGAUUAAACAAAGAAAAAGGACCCAAAAAUGCAGAACUAAGGAUUUAUUAGAGCAAAAGCAAAAAGUAAAAGUCCAACUAAAACUUACUCUCAAAAUGUCCAAACAAAUCCAAAAUUAAAAAAAAACACAAGAAGCAAAAUCCAAAGAAUCAAAUGGGCACUGGGAAAAAAACAGAAGGAAACAACUGGGCCAGUGGUUCUCAAGUCCAGUCCUCGAGGCCCACUGUCCUGCAUGUUUUGGAUGCUUCCCUGCUGCAACACACCUGAUUCAAAUGAUCAGCUCGUUAUCAAGCUCUGUAAUGGCUUAAUAACGAGUUAAUCAUUUGAAUCAGGUGUGUUGGAGCAGGGAAGCACCAAAACAUGCAGGACAGUGGACCUCGAGGACUGGACUUGAGAACCACUGAACUGGGGACACAAGCAUACGUUGACAUGGACAUAUGCGCACACACACACACACAAUGAACGCACCAAGACAGAGGGGAAGAUAGGGACUAUAUACACACACUGGGAAAUGAGUAACGGUUGAGGCAGACAAGACGCAGGUGAAACUCAUGGGUAAUUAACAAGGAAGGGAAAACUAGGGAAGUAAAAUCAGACUAGAAACACAAGGAAUCAACUACAACAAAAUAAAACACUGAAAACUGAUCCAAAGAAUAAAACACAGAGAACAGGAGGGAAACAAACACAAACUGAAAACUCACAAGACUGGAUCACAAGAACAAUAGGGAACAGAAACCAUAGACUGUAUAUAGGGUAAAACACACAGAAUAUACAUUCAAAUAACAAAACCAGGAAAACACUAGAUUAACAGAACAUAUCAUGACAUUUUUAUUGUUUAAAAAGAAACCAGACUGUUUUCUUGAAUGAGAAGAAUCAUGAGCACCUGUUAAUGUUAUUGUUGAUACACCUGGUUCAUACCUUUGUAACACUGAAGACUAAAAAAUAAAUCCUCUCACUCAACACAUGAACCAAAUCCCCAAAACAGAAACCAGAAAAGCAACUUAAACGUCCAUUUCCAAUAAAGUUGUAUAACUUAGUUCUCUGAUUCUUAUUUUGUGCCUCCAGCUCUGGUUUGUGUGGUGCGGGUGGAGGGGACCCCCUACAUCUGUCAGACAGACGAGGUUGGAGAGAUCUGUGUGAGCUCAGGUAGUACGGGUGUAGCUUAUUACGGCCUCCCAGGCAUGACCAAGAACGUCUUUGAGGUUUGUGUCUGAUUUUAUUAAGUGAGUGUUCAUUUUGCACUUCAUCAUCCGUCUGUAUGUGUUUGUAACAGUGUAAUAUCUUUUCAUAGACAAUCCCAGUGUUAGCAUCUGGGCUCCCGAUCAGCGACAGACCUUUUACCAGGACUUCCCUGCUGGGUUUUGUUGGUCCGGUAAGUUCACUCUUCCAUUCCUAAAAAACUUCUUGUUUACUUUCUUGUACCUCACUGGUUCUAUAUGUUCAAGCUUUUCCAACAAAUGCAGCUAAGGGAGACAGUUUUCACCAGGAGUCUCUCUCCAGUGACUUACAGUAAUUGGAAAGAACAUUUUAUUACAAGGAGGUCUGUAAACCUUAUGUAGAUGAUUUGUGACAACAGCGUUCACACUUUCAAAUUAAAAAGCUGUGAGGGUUUGUGUCAUAUUUACACAGUCAGCUAGAAGACUGAGUAAUCCAGGGUCAGUUUGAAGAACAAAUUAAAGGCAAACUCUGCCUGACUUAUUAUUUGCUGUCAUGUGGUGAUGGUUUUUAUUCCUGAGCUGAAAACACACUUCUUCUUUCUGUAGACUUCACAGCUCCGGGGUGUAAAGAUGACAAAGCCAAUGUAGAAAUGUAAAUGUAGAAUUACUUCAUGACUCAAAAAGUGUCAAGAUUUACCCACUUAAUAGUUUGAACGUUGGGUUUUCUAACAGGACAGCCUCGUGUUUAUUGUGGGGAAGAUGGACGGGCUGAUGGUGGUCAGUGGGCGGAGACACAAUGCUGAUGAUGUGGUUGCCACGGCGUUGGCAGUGGAGCCUAUGAAGUUUGUGUACAGGGGGAGGUAAGAAAGAAGGAAUCUGUUAACACACAUAACAAGUUUUCUCUACUCUUCUCCUUGUCUGUCAUUUUUCAUAUACAUGACUUUCUCGACUCUUUUGUGUUUCAGGAUAGCAGUGUUCUCUGUGUCUGUGCUGCAUGACGAGAGGAUCGUUGUUGUGGCCGAGCAGAGGCCAGACGCCUCAGAGGAGGACAGUUUCCAGUGGAUGAGCCGUGUCCUCCAGGUGCUCACUGUGCUCUUUCUCUUUCACACCUUAUCACUUUAUUCAUACAGUAAAAAUGAGGACAAGAGGAAACUUCCUUUUUGUUCCUGACUAAAGCUCAAACUGGACCAAAGCACAAAGCUUCGGUUUGUCUGAUGACCUUUUUUUUCCUUGUCUCCAGGCCAUAGAUAGCAUCCACCAGGUCGGAGUGUACUGUCUUGCUUUGGUACCUGCCAACACGCUUCCUAAGGCUCCCUUGGGUGGCAUCCACAUAUCCGAGACAAAGCAGCGCUUCCUAGAGGGCGCCUUGCACCCCUGCAACGUCCUCAUGUGCCCUCACACGUGUGUCACCAACCUUCCUAAGCCAAGACAGAAACAACCAGGUAGACCAACCAAUGUCCUCACAUUCACCAGGUUUGGAGAUGAAUGCAUGCAGACUAACUCUUACCUGCUGUGUGUGUGUAUAUCUAAUGCCGUGAAUGUCGACCCUGACUCCAGGGAUUUUAAUGAUGAUGAUACUAAUGAGACUUUUGAUGCACAGAGGUGAGUCCUGCUUCUAUGAUAGUGGGCAACCUGGUGGCAGGAAAGAGGAUUGCACAGGCCUGUGGGAGAGAUGUGGCCCAGCUAGAGGACAAUGAACAGGUUUGUGGAUUCACUUCCUUAUUUCACUCACUCUCAUCUCUAGACAUGUGUUAGUGUCCGUAUUAGCGGGGGCAGAGUAAAAACCACAGAGGAGAGGACAUGGUUUUGAGCCCCUGCUGUUCUUUAAUUGUAUUCUCUUCGCCCACCUUGUACCUCCGUGCCCCCUGUUGUUUGUGUUUGAAACCAUCACUGUCACAGUUCUUGUUUGUGCUGUAGUUGUGUGUUACUCUCAUUUAUUUUCUCUACAGCUGAGCUUGUGUUUCUCCUCUUCCUCCUGUAGUUCCUGUACAUACAAGAUGUGCUGCAGUGGAGAGCACAGGCCACACCAGACCACCCUCUAUUCCUUGUUUUGAACUCUAAGGUAUGCUCCCUCGAUGUAACAGCAGUUUACAAUCUGAAUGAAUGAAUACCUGGAAAUGUAGUUUGUUAAUAGAUUUGAAAAAGUUGGAUGGUUAGGCUACUUUUGGAUAGUUUAAAACCUAAUUAAUCUAGGCACUUAUUGUUGUGUUUUGGAUCUCCAACAUGACCUACAAGAAUUAACCCUUAGUUCCUGUUAAUUUUAAGCUCCAUCCAGCCUCCUUUGUCCCCAAAACGGACAUGCAGAUAAGUGUUCAUAAAAUAAUCUUUUUUUAAUUUUUUACUUUUUUCAACUCAUAUCUCUCAAAACUCCGCUCACCGCAUGCCCGGUUAUAAACAUGGACGCAGAUUUGCACCCAUGCGUCCUCGCAGGAGCAAACAAACUUUUCCUUACACUCUUAGACAUCCAUAUCUAGUGGCAGGUAAAGUUUCAUUCAAGUCUGAUGAUGUUUAGUGGAUGAAAUAGCGCUUCAAACAUUAUGAGUCCAUAAAUAAAGACCUUCGUACACGGCACUGAAGGAGUUAGAAUUAUGUGCUGGCACAAUCUCUUGUAUCACUGUUGGAAAGUAAAAUUUGAAACCCUGGUGAUCGACUGACUACAAAAAAAGGUUGUAAUAUGUUGAUAUGGUGCCAUAAACACACGGCCAAAAAACGUGUUUUUAAUGGAAGUCAAUUGUCCGUUUUGUAGACAAAGUUGGGUGGACGAAGCUAAAAUGCUGCGAUAGAGUUCUACAGGCGACAUUUUUUUUUUUUUUUUUUUUAAUAUGAAGAAAAUAAAAACUCUCACCAAAUUUGAUGCCCCAGUUUUUAAAAAUGUGACUGUCAGCUUAAAAUAAAAAUGAAAAAAAUAACAAAUGUCCCUAGUAGGAACUGAGGGUUAAAUCCACCAGGAGACAAAAGCUGCCUCUAUGCAAAUCUUUAAGUUUAUUUCUAAAACUUAGCCAUACUUAUACCUCUCUUCUGCUCCUCAGGGUACAGUGGCUAGCACAGCUUCCUGCCUGCAGCUGCAUAAGCGAGCGGAGCGGGUGGCUGCCGCACUCAUGGGACGCCUCAACACUGGAGACCAUGUAGCCCUUGUUUACCCGCCAGGUGAGAGGUGCAACCCAUGACUGUGCUGCUUGUCCAUUUAUCCCUGUUCUCAUGUCACAUAUUUCUAAAGGCAAUGAAUGAAUCAAAAUGAUCAAAACAUUUGUGUGCAGGAAUCGACCUGAUCGCCACCUUUUAUGGGUGCCUGUAUGCUGGCUGUGUGCCUGUCACUGUCAGACCUCCGCACCCCCAGAACCUGGCAACCACCCUGCCCACUGUCAAGAUGAUUGUGGAGGUAACACAGUCUGCUGAGCUGCAUCAUAGCGCUAACCUGACCCCUCACCUCACAGUUCUAAUACUUACUGACCUUCUUCUAAUGGGUUCUCUUAUCGCAUUAGGUUGCAUGGAGAUUAAAAAUUACAUACAUACGUGUACUAAUGCUGUGAUAUCUGUUUGUUGUAGGUCAGCAAGUCAGUGUGCAUCCUGACCACUCAAGCAAUAAUGAAGCUGCUGAAAUCCAAAGAGGCAGCUGCUGCUGUGGACAUCAAGAGCUGGCCCACGGUGCUGGAUACAGGUCAGUGUUAGACACAAAGAGGACACCUGCUGCAACUGGAGUGCAACAAUUAAACUUGAGCAAUUUUUUUCAUCGUCCAGAUGAUCUCCCCAGGAAGAAGAGCCCCCAAAUGUACAAACCCCCUACCCCAGAGAUGUUAGCUUAUCUGGACUUCAGUGUGUCUACAACAGGCAUUUUAGCCGGGGUCAAAGUACGUUUGAUGUUACAAAUCUCAAUCGUUUCAAUUAUUCAUUUUUUUUUUCCUGCAAUUAUAACCAAACUAAAUUUAAAACAUAAUCUGCUUCUUUUUGUUGCUUUGAUUAAGUCUCUGUUUGUGUGUGUUAUGUUAUCUCCUCCAGAUGUCUCAUGCUGCCACCAGUGCCUUGUGUCGCUCCAUCAAACUGCAGUGUGAACUCUACCCAUCCAGGCAAAUCGCCAUCUGUCUGGAUCCGUACUGCGGCUUGGGCUUUGCUCUCUGGUGUCUGUGCAGGUAAACCACCAGUUACAAAUAAAUGAGAAGAGCUUGAAUCCAGACUGAAUCUACAUUUUCCUCACUCAUUUAACUCUCCUUUUGUAUUUCUGGUUCCAGUGUGUACUCAGGGCACCAGUCCAUCCUGGUUCCUCCUCUGGAACUGGAGAGCAAUGCGUCUCUGUGGCUGGCUGCGGUCAGCCAGUAUAAAGUCCGUGUCACCUUCUGCUCCUAUUCAGUCAUGGAGAUGUGCACCAAGGGCCUCGGCUCACAGACUGAAGCACUGAGGGUCAGUUUUUUGUCUUCAGGUGUUGAGCUGUAACAAACUGCAGUGUUUUCCUCUCCCGAGCUUUAAAUUUGAUCAUCAUUGAGUCCUUUCCUUGCUGUUCUGUUACUUACUACACCAUUGUUUUUUUUUCAAGACACAGUCAGGGUACUUCACUUUUCUGUACCUCUGCACUGAUUACCUCCUGCAGCACCUGAGAUUGGAUUUUUAUUUUACAAAUCAUGUCUGCGGCUCAAUACUAGAAAUAAGGUCAUAAGAAGUUUUAUUAAUAUGUAAAUGCAGUUAUUGAACUACUUUGAUUUGAGCCUCCACUAUCACCUUUGCAGAUUGAACAUUGUAUUAUUACGAGUAUGGCAGCCUGUUUCCUCACAGCUUCAAUGGAAAUGCGUUUUAUUUUCUCUGAUUAAACUCCUUCUUCCUCUUCUCCAGCUGCGAAACGUGAACCUGUCCUGUGUUCGUACAUGCAUGGUGGUAGCAGAGGAGAGGCCCCGGAUCGCACUCACUCAGUCAUUCUCAAAGAUUUUCAAGGACUUGGGGCUCUCACCUCGAGCAGUCAGCACCACCUUCGGCUGCAGGGUGAAUGUGGCGAUAUGUUUGCAGGUAAGAGGGUUAGUGGUCCAGAGUCUAACAGAUCAAAUAAACCCUAUAAAACCUUGAGAGGGUCGAUUAGCUGCAGGUUUCAAGCCAAAAUGUGGGUGAGGAUGUUUUUAAAAGCUAAAUGUGAAUCGAAAGUACUUUAGAAACAAGUACCACACACCAGCAAACAACAUGACGCCUGCCUGCUGUAAAAAGGGAUCGAGAGUGAUAGAUUCCAAGAGUAAAGAAACUGUCAAAAAAUGUAUUGAUUGAAGAAAAUUGGAAUCUAACAGCUUUAAUUGAAAGCCUUUCUAUGAAAUCUCUGGUUAGUUGUCAGGUAGAAAAAAGUUUUGUUCCCUCAUUUACGUCUUACGAAUUUACAGAAUAAAGUCAACCUAGAAUUUUUUGGCUAUAUUUUUUUCUUUUUAAGUUUUCUGCAAAUGUACACAUCCUCUAAAAGUUUAUAUGACUGCAACAUCUUCUUUUAAAUCCACUAAACGAGGUUAAGGGAUUCAGUGCAACUUAUGUUUUUGAACUGGAGUGAAAAUACCCACCAACCCACCCACUGACUGCUUCUCAGUAGGACUGCUAGUUGUUUUUUUCUUUCCACUGGUGGCUCCUACAAGCUGUGUUUAGUUUCCUUGCCAUUAUUCGUGGUAUUUUUGUUCAUUUAAGGAAUGUUUGCAUGUGUCCACGUACAUCAAUCUACCUGUAUAUAUAUCUUUAUUUAUCUGUCCUGCCCUGUCCCGUCAGCCCAACAGGUUAGGGAAGCUGGCUGAGCAGGUAACUGUAGGAGAAGAGUUGCUGUUUGCUCACUGGGCUGCUGCUGAAUCUGUGUGUGUGUGUGUUUGUGUGUGUUAGUUUUGUCGGUGUGUUCAUGUCUGCGGUUUUAUUUGUCUUGCAUGACCAUGGUUAACUUUAUUUGACUGAUUCUGUAGUUUUUCUUUUUCUCUGAUGAGCUUCACUCUUCAUUUUCAGCUCAGGCUGGCUCCUGACCAUUGCUUUAUGAUCCAAGGUUGUAUGUAAUGUGCUGCUGAGAUAUAACAUGAGCUAGCUUCAUGAGCUCUGCCAUGAUACAGUUCAUUUUAGAGGAAUUUUAUUUGGAGGAGCGCUCAGUAAAAACGAAUGAGUGAUAGGAACCUCAGCCAAAAAAAAAAAAAAAACAAUAAACAGUUACUUUAUGUUUGUUUCUGCAAGUGAAAGGACAGUUUUUCUCAAGUUUAAGGGCUAGCCUUUGAAAUCCCCGUAUUGAACAUUUACAGCAAUUAAAGGUGGGGUAGGCAGGAUCUGAGGAAGUGCCAGUUUUUGGGAGAAAUCUUGAAUGUAAACGGUACCCCUCCCAACCAGUUUUCCCCUCAGCUCCUCCUCUCCCCUCCCUCUCUGCUCCAGAAAGCUCCACCCACAAACAGACGCUGCUGCUCUCUCGUAUCGUUCCAAUUAUAUUCAGAUAUAACUCAGAUAAAUACUUCGGAUGGGGCACAGUUGACAUGAAAGUAAAAAGCAUUGGUGCUACUGUAGAUGCCAACAGACUACCAGCAAACACAAUGUUUGCAGGACAUCUACAACUAGGAUGAAGUGACAUUUUCCAGGACCCGAGGUCAACAGUUUAGUGGCACUACAACACACAGCAGGUCCUGUUUGACAAGAAACACUUCUGUUACAGACACUUGGCUUACUUUGUUAAAGUGGUUUACCUGUCCAGCAGAAAGGUUACAGGGUCCGUAAGAUCCUGAAGCACCCUCUAUCGUUUUAUGUUGACCUGGCUUUUUAGCUUUUGUCCAGUCUACCUCCUUUUUAAGCGCCCGUUAUUCUGCCAGUGUCUCUGGUAUUUACUUUGUUUUAUUGCUUGUGUUGGCAGUCGUGGCCAAAGGAGGAUUCAGACAAUUUUCCGAACUUUCUGGUUGGUUUCGGCUGUCCGAUAUUGUAGCACGCUAACUUUGUUUGGGCUCGUGAACAUUAUUCGUGGAGCGUGCCUCACAACAUGAGGAAGCAGCGUCUACCUCACAACCAAUCAGCAUUAAGGAGCAGUGUCCGCUUCACAACCAAUCAGGUCGGCAAGGUGGAGAACGGCUUUGUUUACAGUCAGAAUGAACGGCCCGCUCAAAACUUUUGAAAUGUUGACUACCCAGGCAUAAGAGAAUUCAGCGGUAUUUGUGAUAUUCCCAAAUGUCAUCAAUGACUAAUAGCCAUUGACUGAUAUUAAAAGCUUUUUUGUAUAUACACCAUAAAAAAAGAUGCUUCUUUAACGGAUUCCUGCCUACCCCACCUUUAACUGUAGUUUCUUUUGGCAUUUGUAGAAGACAAGAAUUGGUUUAUUUCUAUAGUUUUAUCUGCUGAUAGAUUUUUCUGAGAACAUUUUCUUUGGGUGAUUUUUCUUUUCCAAAUAAAACUUUUAAAGGAAUGCUACUCACAAUUUGAGUCUGGUGUUUACAAUGAUGAACUAGCGUGUCAAUUAGGUUAAUAAAAGUACAAUGUUGUCUGCUAGUGACACAUUUACCAGGUCCACUAGCCUUAUAAUGUUUUUUUUUUGUUAUUGGCAUUACUAAUCUCUGGAUGGAGUCUCACUGGUGUUUGCUGCUGAUGCUGAAGCCCCUGCUAAAUAAAUCAGCCCACUCGCUCUGUGUUUGACCUCACGGACAGAAAACCCUGACUCACUGCUGGCUAGCUUCUGCUCUGGCUAUAUCCUGGCAGAAGAUUGAUGGUAAACAUAAUGUGUUGUGUCUUGUGUUGCAGCAGUAAUGAUGACAAAUCCAGAAGCAUUUAAAAAUCCAUAUCUGACAACCAGAACAGUACUUGAGAAAUGAUCCUUUAAGAAAUCUGGUGCAUUUAAAGAACUCUGGACAUCUAAUCCAAACAAAUGAUCCUCAUUUACCUUUUUUUCUGACUUUUGUGUGCUGUAUUUGUUACUGGGGAGAAAUAGUAGGAGGAAAUAAACACUUCAUUUAUUAUUUAUUACUUACAAGCUUCCAAGAACUGGCAGUGGAGCAUUUCCAAACCCUCUUACACUUGUAUGAAAACAAACAAGCCUCAUUAGAGCGGCUGAAUUUAACUCUGCAGGAACUUACAGUGUCUGUAGUCCUAACUAUCCUGGCCUGGCUGGUUGGCUGGCUUCUGGCUGCCCCCUCUGCUUUGUAUCACAAGCAGCUUCCACCUCUCCUCCAGGCAGUAAAUAGCCUCAACGUGAGAGUUUUGAGGGUCACAUUACUGACUUUUAUUUCUGUCCUUGUUUUCCUCCAGGGCACAGCUGGACCAGAUCCCACUACUGUUUACGUGGACAUGAGAGCUCUACGGCACGACAGGUAGGAGCCGUAGCACCAGAGUGGACCCUAUACAUCCCUACAUAAACAUGGCUGUGGUCUCUGUGACAUUGCCCACUGGUUUCUAAAACAGCUUUGAAGCUUAACAACAGUGCUCAACAUAUGGCAAUGCUUUUGUCGAACUGAUGCUUCCCUGAUGGGUGUGUCUGUCAGAUAAAGUAUUUAACAGAUGGCUGCUAAAAUCACUUUUGUUUAUAUUUUUUACCUGCAAAUGUUUGCAGCAAUUGAUAUUUACAAAAGUGGAUUAGGGCCACAAGAAGAGAAAAAAAUAAUUAGUUUUUUUUUUUUAUUUACGUUUCGAGAUUAAAGUCAAAAUUGAAAAAAGUUGAAAUGAAAAAAAUCAAAAUUUCGAGAUUAAGGUCCUCCAAGUUUGUUUGUUUUUUCCUUCAUAAUCUUCAGCACAGUCUUUUUAGAGUCCAAAUACUUAUGACCACACUGUUUUUGUGCUAAAAGAGCAAGGAUUUCUGUCGCACUGAAUCCAGUUCUGAAGUACAGCUUUACAAACUGUUCUACAGAGGACGUGUUGUUGAGUGAUGAGCGACAAUGCUGUUGAUUAAUUGUCAUUCAUCUCAUCAUUAUGACUUUAUUCAAGAAAUUUUGUCUUUAUUUGCGUCGACUUUAAUCUCGAAAUGUUGACUUUUAUCUUGAAAUGUCAUAUUUAAUCUCCGUCCUGUAAUUAUUUUUUCUCUUCAUGUGGCCUUAGUCCUCUUAAGUAAUGCUUAACUUGAAAGUUGAAAAACAACAGGAACAUUUUUACACCUUUUGUCUUUUUUUCCAGGGUUCGUCUGGUCGAGAGAGGGUCGCCUCACAGUUUACCUCUGAUGGAGUCUGGGAAGGUACGGCUAGACCCCCUUUACACAGUGAUGCUAUGAAGUAAAUAUUCCUCUGUUUUUCUUCAUGCACAGUUGUUUAACUCGUUGCUGUGUGCUGUUGUAGAUCCUUCCAGGAGUGAAGGUGAUCAUUGCCAACACAGAGACUAAAGGACCUUUGGGAGACUCACAUCUAGGAGAGGUAUUGUCACCUAGAGGUUAUCAGAGAGACUUGACUGUCACCUAUUUAAUCCUUCAACAACCAAAGGGGUUACAUGAGCUGAAGUUACGUUGCUUUAGUCAGCUUUCAUUCUUUGUGUUAUAGAUCUGGGUGAGCAGUCCUCACAAUGCCACAGGCUACUACACAGUUUACGGAGAGGAGGCGCUGCAUGCAGACCACUUUAACACCAAGCUCAGCUUCGGGGACACCCAGAGUGUGUGGGCGAGGACAGGCUACCUGGGAUUCCUGCGGCGUACUGAGCUGACAGAUGCAAGUGGAGGUGAGAAUUAUCAAUGCUUAAAGGUAUAUUCUGGCGUAAAAUUAAGUUGGGCUCAAACACACUGUUAACACCGUGGUGUCUAACGCUGAGUUAGACACCCUGGCGAGAGAUAAUUGUUGCCGACUGCUUGCUUCUCUAGUUAUACCAACUUUAGCAAUGAUCGCAGGAUAGUAAUACAGAGAGCCACGUGUUCAACCAAAAAGCCACUCUAUAGCCACAAAUAAUGCUCAGAACAGCACCUAACUUCAUCAACAGUACAUAUAGGGUCCCAGCCAUUGUACCAGCCACCAAACAUCUUUUAAACUUUGCCUAAUUUCUUCAGCACAGAGACUAAACACAAUUCACCCACUCUCCUCUAGCAGCCAUUUGUUUGUACAGAGACCUUGGGCGAGUCCAUCACUGACUACAGCAGGGUGACGCAGCUCAUGGAAGAACAUUUAUGAUUAUUUCUUUAUGGAAAUGCAAUCAGACCGAGACGCUAAGGCGGAAGAACUACCGCGUCUGCAGUGCAAAAUGAUUAUUAUGAUGAUUAUUACUUCAAGGAAAUGAUAAAGUAAUGAUCAUAAAUGUUCUUCCUGAGCUGCGUCACCCCCCGCUUCAGUCGAUGGACUCACCUGGAGGUCUCCUUACGAACAAGCAGCUGCUGGAAGAGAAUGGGUGGGUUGUGAUUAGUCUCUUUGCUAAAGAAAUCAGGGAAAGCUAAAAGAUGUUUGAUGGCUAGUACUAUGGCUAGGACCCUAAAUGUACUGUUGAUGAAGUUAGGUGCUGUUCUGAGCAUUAUUUGUGGCUUUAGAGUGGCUUUUGGGUUGAGCGCGUGGUUCUCUGUAUUGCUAUCGUGUGGUUGUUACUAAAGUUGGUAUAACUAGAGAAGCAAGCAGUCUGCAACAUUCAUCUCUCGAGGGGAUGUCUAACUCAGUGUUGUGGUGUGUCUGACCAUAACUUAAAUUUACGCCGGAAUAUCCCUUUAAUGGGGUUUGAAAAGCAGAUCAUUUCUCUCUAUAAUGAUAAAACUGGAAACUCUGAACCAAUCCAAUACACGUGUGUUUCUUCUGUGUGUAUCUCAGAGCGUCAUGAUGCCCUUUACGUGGUGGGCUCUCUUGAUGAGACUCUGGAGUUAAGGGGGAUGAGGUAUCAUCCCAUUGACAUCGAAACCUCUGUUAUCCGUUCACACAAGAGCAUAGCCGAGUGGUGAGAAGUUCACACCAACUAUUGAUCACUAUUUUAUCACUAUUUAUCAUGUUAACAGAACAUUAGUUCAUUUCAUAUAACCUGUUCUCCACCUCCUCACUCCAGCGCUGUGUUCACUUGGACCAACCUCCUCGUGGUGGUGGUGGAGCUGGAGGGAUCUGAGCAGGAAGCCCUGGAUCUGGUCGCUCUGGUCACCAACGUCGUGCUGGAGGAGCAUUACCUCAUUGUUGGAGUGGUGGUGGUAGUGGACCCGGGCGUCAUCCCCAUCAACUCCCGGGGAGAGAAGCAACGUAUGCACCUCAGAGACGGAUUCUUGGCUGACCAGCUGGACCCCAUUUAUGUCGCCUACAAUAUGUGA